CUGGAAUGGAUAGAGGGUAGAGAGGAGUGGAUGGGGGCUCAGAUUUCAGCUCUGCUGGGGGCAGGGGAGGACUAAGAUGUGGGCAUAUACGUUGACUUGAAGGCACUCAGGAGUAUAACUUCAGUACCUUGGCCCAGAGCAGAUAGUACUAAGUUUCUGCUGGGGCCUGGUACUGGAUUCUCCUUUUUUACCCCUGAAGUCGGCUGCAUGAAGAGAAGAUAACUUUUGGGCACAGCCAACUUCCUCCCUCCCUCCUCUUUACUUCUUCCCACAAGUUUUCUGCAUGUCUAACAUUUAGACAUGUUCAGGUUUGUGGAUUCAAGGACUCUAGUGCUCAUUGCAGCCACCCAAGUCAUAUUAUUAGCGGUUGUACGAUGCCAAGAUGAAGAUAUCCGUAAGUUGCAUUUUUCUUCUAACGCUCUCACUAUCUCUGUAUAUAUAGUGUUUUAUUUUUUUAUUUUUAUAAAUAUAUAAAUGUAAUGCUUAUCUCUCAUUUUCAGUGGUUAUUAGAACACCUGCAAACUUUUUUUUUUUUUUUUAAAUGUACUUGCUGCUUUCCAGCAGUGAAAGGGGUUAAUCCACCCAGAUUUGUAAAGUGGGUUAAUGCAUUUAAAGGAAUGAAAUGACCUGCCAGUGAUGUAAAAAUGUGUUAAUGUGGAUACUGACAGCAGAGUCACAUCUGUAAAUGCUGCAGAAAAGCAAUCUAGUCAAAGCACUUGCAUCUUUGUAAACUUGGCAGCCACAGUGCAGAGUGCAGGCAGUCAGUGUGGUAUUUAAAUAUGCUAUUGUCUUCAGAAAAAUGUGCUACUGUCCCAGAAUAAAAUGAACUGUUAAGAGUAGGUUGAGAGCUGCAUUCUAUUAGACAAACAUUCUAACGUUUUAAUGAAGCAUGACUGUGUUACAUAAACAGGAUAGUUACAUACUGAUGAUGCAUAUUGUGAUUCAUUUAUUGUAGAUCAAGGUCACCCAAGCACCUUAAAUUGAAAGUCUACUUUUUGUUUACUUUUGUUGUUUAUUUGUUUUUGUCAAGCUAAUCCAAUCCUUUGUGAGGCAGCUGAAAUAACAAUAAAAUAGAAUUUUAAUGACAGUGGGCUGGUUUAGAUGUUGAAAUUCCUAGCCUUCCAGCAAGGGCUAAAAAUUUCAAGACAUGAAAUAGGCUACUGUGUACACUUAGAGAAAGUACAGCCAUUUACGUCUAUUGAUGGCACAAAUAAGUAUUUUUUUUUUUUUUUUAAAUAACCUUUUGAGGGGGGAAUUUGAUUUUGCAAGAAAAACUUUUCUAACAGAGGCUUCAAGGUCAAAUGCCUUUAAGGGAACCUCAUUAUAAACUACAAAAAAAUCUUAAAAUUGAUGACCCUUCCAGAAAAUAUCAUUUUUAGUUCAGCAUUAAUACAUUACAAAUGGCCAUCCAAUAUACAUUUUUAGAAAUAUAAAGAAAAUAAAAGGAAUAUAGAAGCGUACUAAGUAGGCUAGUUUGUGUUGAUAUAUUUAUAUUUUCAUAGGUGUGAAUGUGUGUAUGCAUCAAGAAUAAUCUGAUUAAUAUUUUAAUUAACCUGAUUUUACUGCAAUAGUAAAAAGUGUUUUUUUCAAUUAUAUUAAACACUGGCAAAAUAUAGUGGAAUAUAUGAGAAAACACCUGGCUCUUAUGUAGGCUGGGCAGUUCCUCUAGAUAAUGCUGGAAGCUUUAUUUCUUAGCAGAAAUUUUUUAACUUGCUUGGACAAGUCCCCAAUUGUAUAAAUUCCUCUCUGAACCUUUUUAAGUGUUCACAUACUACAGAUUGUAAAUCCAUUGAAAAAGUAGCAAGGAAAAGGUCCGCUUCUUUGAAUCUCUGCCAUUAUAUGUGUUGGAAGAGAUAUUCCAUUCCAAAAAAGCAGCUCUAAUUCUGAAAUUCUCAUCUGCAGAAAUGGAAUGUGUAAAAUAUUCAAAGACUGAUCAUUAUAAAAGCAUUUAUAGACUAAACAUUCUUGACUAGACGUAUGCAUACUUUUCUACUUCACACUUUUUGGAGAAUUAGUAAAGAUUGCCUAAAUUGUCUUUAAUUGAGUCAGAAAUCAGAUUUGCUUCAAAUGUGCAAAUGGUAGAGGCCUUGCGUGUUUUAAAUGGGACCCAUUUGUCCGAUAAGUAUCAUCCUGUCUGGUGUUAGUAAACCACAGGAGAUGAACCUUUUUCAUGAUGGGCGCUUGCACAGAUUGGGUUAAAAAUGGGUUAAUUUUAAUCUCACUGAAUAUUAUAUUAGUUGUUAGAUAGGAAAUUCUUUUAAACAACUGCUCUAUGUUCUCCAUAAUAUUGCUUUGAGGUGGAUUAGGUAUUUACACUGCUAUAUUUGUAAAUUUGGUUAAAAUCAACAUUUGUGGCCUUGUUUAAAGGCCCCAAUUGAGAAUUGUGAUGGUUUAUUUGCACUAGGAGGAUUGGCAGCAAUGGUUUCCAGAUGGAGUUGAAAUGCUGCCCAUAUUUAUUUAAACUGGCCCCUGACAGUGAAAUGUGAAUUGAGACCUCUGUUUAUUCCACAAAAAGGGCCAUUCAUUAAGGGUCCUCUGGGCUACCCAACUACAAGCUUGGGACCCAAAGGGAGCUGUGCAGUCUAAUGAGGACCUCUGCUUAUAAUGGAUGCUAUUUUAUGCCAAUAUACUUUACAUAAAAUAAUUUAUUUUGUUUUUAUUUAUUAUUAUAAUUUUUUUGUGACACAAUUGUGAAUGUUUCAUUUUAUUACAUUAUUCAUCCAUUCUUCAUUUUAUAUUUUAUUUCAUUUUUUUUCUUCAAAUAAUUGUAUUAACAGUAAUUACUUAGUUUUUUUUUCCACAGCUUUCAAAACUAAUCACACUAAACAAUUAGCUUCAUCAAGAAGAAGCUUAUUCCAAAAGAUUUGCUAUAGCUACUGGAUGACCUCAGAGAAACCCAACGUUAUUAUCCCGCCUUAGUUCAUGUUAUGAUAUUAUAUUACAACUUCCUAAAGUUCCAGCCAACAUAUAUUAAGUUAAAACACCCUCCCUCUUACCUUCACCAAUGUAGUCCCUACAAUACUCCAAUGUCUCAACUUAUAUCCCCUUCAUCUCUUUGGUUCAACACUGCCCUCAUCUGGAGAUGUAUAAUAAUGCAUUUUAUUACAUGGUAAAUAAUAUGCAUAAUCUUAAUAUUAUAUAGAAUAAAAUAAUUUUGUAUGCUAAUUUCAGUCUCUCAUCUUAUUUUUUGAAUAUUAAGCAUAGCUUCGAUCCCAACACCAUUAAAAAUGUGUGAUAGAUAGAGAUGAUAUUUUAAAAAAAUGUUUUUGAAAUAUGUUGAAAAUAGCAGAUUUUUAUAAUAAUAUUUCAUAAAUGUGUUUUGUUUUUUCUUAUUUCCCUGCUUCAUCUCUUUUGCUGCUUCCAACUUCCUUUUUUAACUCCUUUACCACUUGGUACAGUGGACGUAGGGAGCUGCGUACAGGAUGGGCAGAGAUAUAGUGAUAAAGAUGUUUGGAAGCCAGAACCCUGCCAGAUCUGUGUUUGUGACACAGGGAAUAUUCUCUGCGAUGAAAUAAUCUGCGAGGAAAAUAAAGACUGCCCCAAUGCUGAGAUCCCCUUCGGAGAAUGCUGCCCCAUCUGCCCAACCGAGCAGUCUUCCGCUUCCAGUGAUCGUAAUUUAUUUAUUUCUGAUCUAUAAAUAAAUUACUUCAGCAUGCCUAUGGAUAAUCUACCUUCCUCUAACAGAUAGAUCAUCCAUGGGUCUCUGCUGCAAUUAAAAAGGUUGCCUUGUAUAAUGCCUUAUAUAAUUUUCUCCAUAUAGUGCUUUGGACCACAUUACAUCCAUUUUGAGAUAAAUAUACGUGAGAUCAAAGUCUUGGUAGCUCCUGCUUAAGUAUAGAGUCAAAGGAGUAGAGCAAGGAUCUAUAUAUAUAUUUUUAGCGUUGUGGUUGAAGUCUCACAACUAAUCUUUAGUGGUUUCUGGUUUGGCAGGCAAAUUCUGAACAUUCUAAAAUUGACUUGGUAAAUAUAAAUACAACAUUAAGUAGAUCAUUGAUUUUUUUUUAACCUACAGAAAAAAAAAAUCUGUGUCAGAGAUAGGUGGUCCCAUGUGCCCCACUGCCUGUGAUUGAUGGUGACGAGAGUGGCCACUUGGCUAGUGAUUGGACACAUAUUUUUUCUAUUCCAAUAUAAGUGACUAAAGUCUAAAGCAUAAACUGAGGCACCCAUUUUAAUAAUUUACCAGCACAGGUUGCAUUGUAAUUGCAAGCAACAUUUAUGUUUGAUUACAAGCCAGUGUUGGUAAUAAAAGGCUGUUGCAUUUUAUUUUCCUUGAUGUUUGUUUAACAGUUCUAAAUGUGGCUUUAACAUCUGUUGUCUUCAUCGUCCUUGGCUGUCCUGUAACUAACAAAGUGCUACCUUCAGUCUGACUGCUGACAUAUGAAGCAGUAAACUCAGUCUUCAGAUUGCAAUACAGGAGUUAUUCUUUCAUUUUAUUUCUAAAUUAUUAAUUUGCUGAUUUGCACUUGUUAGCAUUUUCACUUCUGGAAAUGGAAGAAAACAGAUAUGCCCUAUAUGUCUAUGCAAUAAGAGAGCAUAUUAAUGUGUGUAAGCAGUUAAAGAAACUCAAUGUGGUUUAAUUGUCUAUCAUUUUGGUGAGUUGACAGCUGAGUUACAAAACACAAGCAGUAAACGUAAAAUUAAAAUACAAAACAGUUAUUUUUCCAAUUUCACUACAUAGAUAUUUCAGAGCUCUUUUCAGCUUCCCAAAACAUAAAUCACUGUUAGCUGGACAAAGCUCCAAUUCAAUUAUUCCUACAGUCAUUUCUUCAAAGAAGGUUAAAUUGAACUGAAGAUGGCCAUUUGUGUGUUGUCCAACUCGUCCGUUCUGUUUUGUUUAGUGUGUCUAUGUCUGUACAUCAAAUCAUGUCCAUGUCACACUUUGUUGACAUAUUUAUACCGAUAUCUAACUGUCCUUCUUUUUCUUUUAUAAAUAGGGCAAGGAGGCCCCAAGGUAAAUCAUUUUAUUAACUAUAAUUUGUGAUGAAACAGAUAUUAUAUUUAUACUUUUUGAAUGUAAUUCUCAGACAUUUAAUUACACUAAAUUUUAUGUUUACCUUUAAUUAAAGCUGUUACCAUAGUAAAACUGUGUUACUAUCUUUACAGUUAAGGUUUCGCCUUAAGCUACGUAUUAUUUUGGCUCCUAAACUGCACACAGAUGUAGAGCCAAGAAUCAGAGCAACAUUAAUAGUCUCACGGAAACUGAUGAUGUAAAGUCACAUCUUGCAGACCAUCAGUUUAGAAGGAAAUGUAACAAUUUCAAUACAAGCACCUCUUUAUUGUAAUGUAAAAGUCAUUUUUAGAAGACUCCUUAUUGAUUGUUCCCUCUGUGUUUCAUUUUCUAGGGGCAGAAAGGUGAACCUGGCGAUAUUAAAGAUGUAAGUGUUCUAUCCUAUAAGAUGAUCUUUCAGUUAGUUUAGUAAUAAAAAUAAAACAGAUUCUCCCAUGCUGUGCUUUGAUAAAGAUUACUCAAAAUGUACUAUUUGUUUUCUUUUCACAGGUUUUAGGACCAAAAGGACCUCCUGGACCACAGGUAAAGGAUAUAUUUGUGUAAUUGUUAUAUAUUCAUCAAUAUUAUUGUUUAUAUUUUAAGCUAAUUAAAUUGCAAUUUUGCUGGUUUUAAGGGACCUUCAGGUGAACAAGGACCAAGAGGCGAUCGUGGAGACAAAGGAGAAAAAGUAAGUUAAAAACAAGGAAAUCAGUUAUUUAGAAGUAAACUAAUAAAGUAUGUCCUUUUCUAUGGACGCAGUGACUUGUAAGACAUGAAAACAAUGUAAUUGAGUUCAUCUUGUUUCCCAUUUAGGGUGCUCCCGGACCACGUGGAAGAGAUGGCGAACCUGGAACUCCUGGAAACCCAGGACCACCUGGACCUCCUGGACCUCCUGGACCCCAUGGCCUCGGCGGAGUAAGUAGAAAUAAUUCUGACACCCAGCCUUUGCCACUGUUCAUAUUACAGCUUCAUACUGACCGUAGCCGUUUGCGUUAGCUCUCAGAAGUCAGCUCCUGAGCUGAAAGCCUUCACUGUUACAAAGUAACUCACAACAGUCAUCCUUUGUAAUCACACAGUUUGUUUGCAUUCCUCUGACACAAAAUAUCUCCUCAGUGCAGCCACAUUUUUUUUUUUUUACUUCUUUGGCCUUUAUACAAGCAAAUGAUUGUCCAAUUUCAGAACCCCCGAAAAAGUACCAUAUGCACGAACGUAUCAUUUGAAAAAACUUUUAAUUUAAAAAAAAAAUCAGUAAUCCAUCUACUUAUGUUUCUAAAUAAUGUCUAAAUAAUUAUUAUUGUGCAUCUUUUGCAAAACUUUAAAUUCAAACCAUCCCUCUCUCCAUACAUCACUCUCUGAACUAAAUGUGCAUGUGCAGCUUUAGGUGAUGGAAAUCUAUGUAAUUUUAUGUUACCAUGGCAACCUUUUACCAGCACAGGAUUUGACUAUAUAAUUAGACAUUUGAUAUCACAUUCAAGCUCCCUGACUUAAAAGUGUCAUUCUACACUUUUUUUCUAAAAUUGAGAAAUAAUUUAAUCACAAUAUCUGGUUGUAUUUUUAAUUUACAUGGAAAACUUAAUUCUCACAAAAUUAAAAUUUUCACAUAGAGGUUACGUGGAACAGACAGGUUAUUUAUGCGAUAACCAGAUUUGCAAGCAGAUAUAUAAAAAAGUAGAGCAUUGUGUGAGUUAUGAUGCACAUUGUUUUUCACACUAUAAGUAUUGUCAUGAAUAGAUUUAUUACUCUCAUAGUUAUAAAAUAUAAACUAAGCCUAAACUGUAUAGAAACUACACUCUUUUUUUACACACGCAAUUCCCUGUUACCCCAAAUAAUAGUAUAGAAAGUUUUGUACAAAGAAAUGAUUCGGUACUGAAGCAAGCCUUCUUAAAGGAAUCCAACUUGAUAUCAUGUUUGGUUGACCAAUCCCCUUGCAGAGAGGCAGGCCAGGGAGUCAUGUUUUGCCAUGUUUACCCAACAUUUCUGUUACCCUAUGGGACUUCUCAUAUGUUUUAGCAGGACUUAAAAUUUAAGGUCCUAUUUUUCUAGCCAGGCCUCAAAAGUUACUUGCUACACUGCAAGUCAUAGCAUGCACACCAAGUGUAUCAAUUUCUACACGCCAAUGGCUAAAUAUCCACUUGUCAAAGGCUAGUGGCGAGUCGAAAUUUUGAGCCCUGAUUUUAGUAUUUGAAAAAAAAACAAGAACCUUUUGAAUACCAUGGGAUUUUUGUGAAACCUAGGCACCAGCUAUAAACACCUUGGCAGCAAUUAAGACAUAAAUGACUUUAGUUACUACUUGUCACGUCAUUAAUUAAUAAAUACCAUUACAAAUCUCUUAAUACAUAAUAAUUAAGCAAUACGGAACAACACUACUGUAUCUCUGGAACUUCACACUUUUUGACCUCUUUGCAUACACUCAUGUUUGUUAGAUAUUGAACUUAUUUGCUACACAAAAUGACUGAGAAUGCAUAAUAGACAUACUAUAUAAGAUACGGUAAAUAACGAUUACACAACAUCAUAGACAUAGGCUUAGCAGCAUUUGAUUAGAGACUAAAUUCAGCCAUCCACUAGUUAGUAUCAUAUAGUAUCCCAGGUAUAUUACACAUAUAGUAUUAUAGAGUGCAAUAUCUACAUUGUUAUUAAAAUUAUUGUUACAUUUCACAGUACCUACCAUUACACUCAAGAGCAAGUAGGAUGCAGCAUCAUAUAAAACGCUAAAUUCCUUAGGUACAAAAUUGAGCAGUAUACAUAGUAAUGUUGCACACUGCAUUGUAUAGAAUGGCAUUAAAUGCAUAAAUAUAUAGAAUGUAGCCAAAUGGGGAAUUCUGCUGAAUUGGAGAAUGUAUCCAAUUUGGCUACUCUGUCCUUUUUUUUUUGCAAUUCCUAUGUUAUUCAUCAAGUUGAGAACUGUGAGAAAUUCACCAGGGAAUUGCAAAAUUUGGGGAAUUAAUUAUUGAGCUGCGAACAAAGCAGUAUUUUUCCUAGUUCCAAGUUCAGCUAUUUUGGCUUACAAUUGAUAAUUGCCUGCUGAUUCAACAACUGUGCAUUUUCGGGUAAUUAACUGAAUCAGAAAUUGUGCAGAACUGAAAAGGGAAUUGCAAUAUUUGGGCUGAAAAAACAAACUUAGGACAAAAAUUUCCAGUUCACUUAAUUGCACAGCCUUUCUAAUUUGAAUUGUUUGUUAAUUCUCUACAAUCCCGAUUUAGUGAAAAAACUUUAACAUGGAAUGUCUAUCGGAUGCUAUAAAUAUAUAAUUAUCUAGAAUGCUAAACUCCACUAUAAUCAGUAUUGUGUAUGCUGCUCUGCACCACUGCUAUCACCAUUAUGCAGGACAUUAUAUUGGAUUAGUAAGUAACAUUUGCUCAAUAUUAUGUAGCAUUACAUACAGCAUCAUAGAGAAUUUUACACAGUAUAAAGGUACCACUACAGAGCCAGGCGUAUUCAUUUAACUGGGUGCAGUCAUACAUUGGCCAGGGUUUUCAUAUUUUAGGCCAAAUUGGAAAUAUUUUCCAUAUAAAUUUACUUUUUUUUUUUUUUUUUAAAUUCUUUAUUUUUGCAGUGCAAAUAUACAUUACAGGCUGGCGAGAGGUGCCCCAAAAGCAGUCCUCUGGCUUUUCCCACGCUUAACAUGCGGGGCACAUGGAUAACAGGCACAAUUUUUAAACAUGCUUAAACAUUAGGAUUUAAACGUAGAUUGUGAUUGUAAGUUAGAAACUUGCUAGAGCUUCAAUAGUUAAAACAGUACUUUAGGUAUCAAUAUAAAUUUUUAUGUUAAUAACUCAAGAGGGACUUUUUGCAGCACCAUCUAACUUUCAGUAUAGGCGUCUUAGUAACGUCUGUACAGCUUAACAUGUGCUAAGUGUGAAAGUGUAGGUGAGACAUGUUUGAUAACAGCGUUGAUAGCUGGUUUACGACUCCACUUGUAGAUUUACACGCUGUCCAUGCCCGUCUUAUGCGUUAUAAUUACAGAGUACGAGAACAUGGGGCGAUAAUAGGGCAUGCAUAGCUACAUACGGCUAAACUAAAAAACUUUGCUGAUAAGGCUCGAUUGAUCUAGGAGUCAAGGCGUCCUGUAAGCUGCCAGACACAUAGGUUAUUUGGCAUGACUUUGACCAGUGACAGGCUAUCUAAAAACGCGGCUAUUAGGAGACAUAAGAUUAUCAUGCAGGUAUCUGUAAUAUCUGCCCUCGUCUUGCCCCUGUCUGUGGGUGCCUUCGCCAGGUCAUCAGCCAGUGUAGGUUGUACAUUAGUGGUAUACAUAGGUUACCUUAACGUAAGGUGUUAAGAUCUGCUCGGGCCUAAACAUAGUAUGAGGUCACACAUGAAUACCGUAUCCUACGUCUAUGUUAUUAAGCCUUGUUCAUAUUAAACAGGGCGGAGAUUGGAUAGGUUGGCCGUACAUGGCGACUAAACAUAUAUAUUUACAGUACAGCUGUCGGUGUAGGAUAGGACAUACCGUAGGGCUAUGCGUCUGAAACUACCUUACCAACUUGAGACCUCUCCUGGCUCGGUCAAUAAGGUAUGUGGCGUUCGGCCACCUUUGACUGGUAGGAGACUACUGUUUAGUGGGAGCUGAAAGGUACCUUUGGUAUCUGGUCAGGGCUAGUUAAGUGCCAAAACGAGACAAUACAAAACCGAACAAAUGAUUCAAAGCUGGUUGGAGGCAUGGGCAAAAUAUCAGACAUUCUGAGCGGUUAUUUAACUGUGGAACUAUUGCAGAUGAUGUGGGACCAGCCUCUGCCCUCCAUUAUUGCUAAGUUCGCGGGGCGUCCGGUUGUCGAGUGUCCGUCUGCUGCUGGGGGUGUUUUCUCGGUGAUAAAUUUACUUUUUAGCUUGGCUAAAUUGGCCUAAAAUUUUAAAUUCCCUGGUCAGUUCCUUACAGUUUGCAGUUUAUUGAAUACCAAUGGCAACAUUACUAAGGAUGCUUAAGUUCACUAACACACAUUGCCAUUAAGGAUUCUCAGUACCACUACCCACGGCAUUAUUUAGUAUACUCAGAAUAUACAUAGCAUCAUACAGAAUACUUAGUAAUGCCAAAUCAGCAUGAAAUAAGUGUGCCAGGAAUAAUCAUUCAGUGGGCACUGCAGGAGAUUGAAGCAUAGACUGUACUUCCGUGAUGAUGUUAUUUGAAGUUGGCACCAACAUUCCGAGGCAUAUUUACAGAAAUGCUUUGUAGGCAGUAAUUCGUUGAGGGUUAAGAGCUCCCCGCAUCCUUUAACCCCUUAAGGACACAACUUCUGAAAUAAAAGGGAAUCAUAACGGAAUAUUUCCGUCAAGGGUCCUUAAGGGGUUAAAGAAAGCAAUUUGCAGGCACAUUCUAACGACAUUCUAACCAAAAGGACCCCUGACUGCAAUGCUUCCGCAGCACACCAUAACAACCAUGACAAAGGAAUUCUUAGCACCACCACACCUGCAACAUACAUGCUAUUUAAUACCUCCUCUCAGAGAGUGUUAAAGGAUGUUCAGUAUAGAGCCUGAUGUCUGAGACUCAGUACUUCUAUACACAGCAUGAUUAAUAUACUCAGUACAACAAUGACAAAUUGUUAUUAUUGAUACUUAGCACUACCAUACACACAGGAUCAAGGAUGUGGAAAAUUUCUCACUUCACAUAUUAUAAGUGGUGCUCAAUAUGAGAACAUACAGCAUAACAAUGGCUAUUCAGUGUCAUGAUACAUAGUAUAGGUAUGUAAUUAUUUGAAUAUUGCAUAUAGAAGGUGCUUUUCACAGGUACUGAAAUUAUUUCACAUGAUAUACUGGGUUAUAAUACCAUUGUGUUCAGUAUGGCAGCCCUGCGAGGCAUGAUGCUGUAUAUCAUAAUAUCAAAUGAUCAAUAUGAUGACAUGGGCUAUCCAAUAUCAUGCAUCACACAUUUCUUUAAUAAUAUUAAACUCCGCAAUGUAUAGCAUACUAUUGUAUCCUUAAGAUUUAACCUAUGAUAAAAUAUUACAUUUGUACAAUGACAAUCUAUCUUCAUUUUAUUCAAAUGGAGAAGCAAUAUAUGCAUUUUGUUUACCUAUUAGACAUGUCAUUAAUUUUGAGUACUUAAAGGUUCUAAACUCAAAUCAAAAACUUAUUUUAAAAAAGCUAAAAAAUAAACCCAUCCUAUUAAUAUUGUAUUGUCAAUCAAUUCUAUAAUAAAGCAAUUUAAAUGAUAAAUUAGGCAAAUUAUAAUACAUUAAUAAUAGCGAUAAAUGUGCUAUGCAUAUCAAAUGGCCACUAAAAGUAGUUGAUUUAUUUAGCAUAUUGAACGUUUCCUACAUUAGUUGUAGUCUGCCCCGGUCCAAACCCCUAGGAAAUGGUUGGGAAGAAACUACAAUUAGAAGUCAAAGAGUGUAUAUGACUAAAUAUAAAGGCACAGCGAGCCAAAAGCUCUAGAAAGCUGAAUUACAUGUCCCUUCAUAGAUAAUGCCUAACUGCCCAAGAGUAAAAUCCAGAACAUUUGGGUCGAAUACAAAAUAAUCACAUUUAUGACAAUCUUCUGUGAUUUACAUCAGGGUUCUCAACCAAAUAUGCCACACUGUUAUCCACCUUUCCUUCCCUUUGUAUAUUUCAUCCCAUAAAAUGCUGAAAUUCAAUUUAUGGAGGUGAAUAAAGCAAGGAAUUGCCAAGUACAAAAUCUUCAAUAUCCCUAUUUAACCAGAAGAAGAGGCUAGAUUGUAUUUAAAUAGCUUUUGGAUUGAGAGAACUUGUGCAGAUAUCAGAAACCUGUGACAUUCUUAGUGCUGUUUACGUUACAGUUUGAACGUGAGCCCCUAUUACUCACUUAGCUAUACACUAAAUCUAGGCAGAAGGAAAACCAUGAAAUAAGAUUAAGCUUUAUUUCUGAACAAAAAAGAGCCAAAAACAUGAGCUAGUUUAAAGCAGCAAUAAAUUAGAAACAAAGAAUACAUUUUACAUCAAGAUGUGUUUUGCUGCAUAUUUACAUGGCAAUAGAAACCCAUGUUCAUGGCAUUGUCACAUUAAUGUCCUGUUUGAUGUUAAUUAUAAUUGAAAAUGUUCAAUCCUUUAGUUUAAGUGAUAAAAACAAUAGGAAAAAGCAUUGUGCUUUACUGCCCUCUGAAGCAAUUCAUGUUAGAUUCUAUUUGAUGUUACCAAGUGACAACAUGUAAACACAAUUAAAUUAAAAAACAAAAACAAAAAUAGAAGUGAUGUAAGGUGAAAAUAGAUUAGUCUUAUGAAAUAUCUCUAGACUGUAAUCUUGUUUGAGCAAGUUCCUCAUUUACCUAUUGUUUCUAUAUCAUUUUGUAAAUGUCUCAUUUAUUGUUAAAUUUCACUACUUUAAUAAUAUUGUAAAGAGCUGCCGAAUAAGUUGGCGCUAUAUAAAUACCAAUAAUACUAAUAAUUAUUCUUCUUAUUAUUAUUAUAAUUAUAUAAAAGCAAUAUAUUAUGUUCUCUGUAUAUUUAUUAUUUAAUUUAACGUGGUUCUUCCUACAGAACUUUGCUGCUCAGAUGACAGGAGGUUUUGAUGAAAAAGCUGGCGGUGCACAAAUGGGUGUUAUGCAAGGACCAAUGGUACGUUUCUCAUAUUAUCAGUCUUAUCAAAAAAUACAAAUAAAAUACAGUGGAGCCACCUAGAGGACUGGAGGGUUAAUUUGUUGCAACUAACACCCAUGUAGAUCUUUGUCUAAAUGCUAAAAGCCUCUCCAAACUAUAGUAAUUAUGCAACUUGCCUUACUCAGAUUACACAUAUCAUUUCUUGUCCCCUCUCUUUGCAAGACUAUCUAAGAACAGGAGCCUAAAAAUUAUUACAUAUAAAACUAAGCAAGUAAAUAUACUGCAUGAUUUGUGUAGAAGUCAGUUAUUCUUGAAAUGGGAGUUUAAACCUUCAUAUAACAGCUACUGCUUUACAGAGUUCUCAAAGAAGUUCAGCAGAAAUUGAAUGUAUUCCAGUCUUUCUUGGCAUGUGCUAAAUGAAACUUAGAACUGGUAAACAUGGCUGCCAUCCAAUCUUAGCCUUCAAGUAACUGCUGUAUAUAAAUAGAGAUGUGUUAGUUAUUAUAUAUUUUUUUUAAAAGCAUACUGUCUCUCUCUUACUAAUGGAUCUGUACAGAACAGCAGGGAUUUCACUUUCACUAUUCUUUAGACUUUGAUUAUUAACAUUUUUGUAAUAUAUACUAACUCUUAAUUCAUUCCUUUUAGGGCCCCAUGGGACCAAGAGGACCUCCCGGACCUUCUGGAUCUCCUGUAAGUAUCCACAUUGUUGAAGAAAGUUAGUUUUUGUAUAUAGCUCAUUAGUUUAAAUUUUGCCUAAACAUUCUUCAUUUUGUCUAAUUAUAGGGACCUCAAGGUUUCCAAGGAAAUCCCGGAGAACCUGGUGAACCUGGUGCAGCUGUAAGUAUUUCCAUAUUUAAUUUUCUUUUUCUUUUAUAUAUCACAGAUACACAGGUCUUUGCAGUAGUACAGAUAGGCUUAUUGCCUUAGUUCAACUGCAAAUUCAUUCAAUUAGUUAAAAAAAAAGUUAGGGAAAUUCUCAAUAUCAGAACUAAUCACCAUUGGUUUUGGUGGCCAUGAAAUGUUGAAGAUGAAGACUCACAGCAUUUUUCAUCUUAUGGCCAUCUAUAAAGUGGACACAAGUACACAGUGGCCUAUUUUAAGGGGAACACCUACCAGAGUCCAUUACAUUCUUCAAGCACUUGAGUUAAUUUGUAAAUACAAUCUAAAAGAUUCUUUGGUCCAGGAUUUCUCUAAACUGAUUUAGGUAAUAGAAUGGGCUCCAUAUUGAAGUUGUAAUGUAGACACAGAAAAUGUUCUUUAUAAAUAUUUUCCUCAAUUAACUUUUGGUUGUGUAGGUAUAUAUAAUGUGCAACGUGUCCUCAUUUUCACAAACUUGUCACGGCACAUUUAAACUGUGUGGGUGUUCUUUAUUUACAUCCUCUGUGCUGUACACAUAACUUACAUACAUUGCGCACACGUCUUUAUUUAUCAUUGGAAAGAUUCUUAUUGAUUGUACAUUAACACACAAAACAUAUGUGGGAGUUGGGAUCUGCACCAAGCAUGUAUAUUCUUAUAAAUUAUAUGUGUGUUCUUAUAGUAUUAUUCUAUGCUUAAUACUCUUUAUACACAAUGUAAAAGAGGGUGCAGGCUUGUGUUGAGUCACUCCUUUUCAUGGCCAGAACUGGAUUAAUACAUUUUUCUAUAAUUUCUAUACAGGCAGCGAGUACUCAUUAUAAGUAUAGCAAAUGCAGGAUUAUAUGUUAAUAGUAUUGUUUAAAUCAUUGUGUAUUAUUUGUUACAUAUUGUAAGAUAAAGAAAACAUAACAAUUUGGUUAUAAAAGAUAACUUUUAGAAUUUACUAGUGUAAAUAGCCUAUAAUUCAGACACACAACAAGCUGCUCAUUCAAACACAUAGAGGUAUCUCAUUAUGCUGUAAUUCAAAAUAACAUUCAAAAUAUCUUUACUCUCUGAACACCAGAGGGAGCUCUCUGGAUUAUUAAGGCCUUUAGCACAUCAUCAACAAGUUUGGUUACUUUCAUUGACUUUACCUCAUGCUGUUUGUUGUUUUCUUUGUAGGGUCCUAUGGGUCCUCGUGGUCCUCCCGGUCCUUCUGGAAAACCUGGUGAUGAUGUAAGUUGUAUUUGAAAUUUUGAAAGUAAAUUAGGAUUUUGUGAAUUCAUGAAAAAUUUAUAAUAAGGCCAGUGUAAAGAUAGCAUCAUAGAAUAAUAAACAUGGCUGUUAAAUAGAGUGGCAACGAACAGCUCCAUGUAUUGCAGAAUGCUGCAUACUGAUAUAUUGCAACUAUAUUAAAAAAUGUAUAAGUUAUAUGAACAGAUUUUGAUUUGGUGUCUAUUUUACAUAUCCUUAUAUAUUUUAUAUAUAUUGUAUAUUACCUAUGGCUCCCAUGGCUCCUCUUCUUGGUGGAACCUUACAGUAUAGCUCUUUAUUUGUAAAACUAGCUAACCUUUUGUAUUUUUUAUUAGGGUGAAGCUGGCAAACCUGGCAAAUCUGGUGAACGUGGACCUCCAGGACCACAGGUAAAAUUGACCAUUGUUUUUAAGUUUCCCAGUACUGUGUGAAAUUAAUUUGAACAAGUUUGACGUAUUAAGACCAACAGAUGUUAUUUAUAAUUCAUUAAUGACUUUAUUGUUCAAUGGAGAAAUACAUAUAUUUUCACAUUACAUAAUAUAUCUCUUUACAAUAUUGUAACAGGAUAAUUAUGCUAAUAUACAAAUUGUGUCUCAUUAGUAGAUUACAAUUUGUUCCAGACAACAUGACAAAUUGAGGAUUUACUUUAACUUCAUUAUUUAUUAGGACCUAGUGGCCAAACUAACUUUAUCAUUUGUCAUCCCUUAAAAAGAAUAUUUUAUAAUAUAUAUAUUAAAUCAAACGCAUAUAAAUCAACGUUUCGACCGUCUAGAUCUUGAUAAAGACCGCUAGACGGUCGAAACGUUGAUUUAUAUGCGUUUGAUUUAAUAUAUUUUUUUGUUUACUAAAUCCAAUGAGUGCUCUCAAUUUGUUCCAUUUAUAUAUAUAUAUAUAUAUAUAUAUAUAUAUUAUAUAAUAUUUUAUGUAAGAUAUUUUGUUCCUGAAGGUUAUCGGGAUAUUCUGGUCAUUAAAUCAGUUAGAUGUACCAUCACCAGUAACUUCUAGAUAGGAUGUGUGCAACAUUGGGAACUUUUGAUGCAUUAUGCAUAACUUUUAACAUUCGGGCAGUAGAGGGUGCAAUAUGGAAAUAUAGUGACUGGACUACACUACCCAGUCAAUAAGAAGCAUAACUUUAUAUUAUUAUAAUGGGGAGGUACUGUGCAUAACUCAUACCUCCCAAAAUUUUAUAUAGACAAAGUGGGACACUUUCAUUUUUUUUAGAGUGUGGUUGUGACUAGGGAGAGGCUGUUUGAGAAAUUUUAGGUGGCUUACUAAUAAUUAUUUAUGUUACUAGAAUGAAAUUUAGAACAAGAACAAUGCAUCUUAUUUGCACAAACUGAUUUCUAAAAACAUUUAUUAUAGUUUAAAGACACAUUACUGUGAGUAUUUCUUGCUGUGGUACUCUGUUAUACACUCAGACACAACAACGAUAUGGAACUCCUGGAUAAGAGUGACAUUAGAAUAGAAAAGUGGGACAGGUGGAUUUUGGGCACAAAAAUAGAGACUGUCCUUUCUAAACAGGGACACUUGGGAUGUAUCAUAACUUUUAACAUCUGAGCAGCAGGUAGUGAAAAUAGGCACACACAGGAAUAAUAGGUACAAAUUCAAGUUAUGAUACAUUACAGUUACCUCCUUUAUUCAAGACACAGUGUUCACAAUACAUUCAUAUCUUAUAUGUUAAAAAACAAGACAUAGUAAUGUAGCAAUUGCUUAUUCUAACAUGUUUUUUACAUGCAAUUUUUUAUUCAACAAUAUUUCUCCUUUCUUUUUUUAGGGUGCUAGAGGAUUCCCUGGAACCCCAGGUCUUCCUGGAGUGAAAGGACACAGGGUCUGUACAAAUAAUUUAUUCUUUCAAUAGACAACAUUUAACUGGUUCAAUGAGUGGCAUGUACUAUGUAAUCAAAACCAUAUUUAAUUUGGCAUCCAUUAUUUGAUAAACCCAUGACCCUUCUUAUUGAGAGAUUUCAUAGUACCCAUAUUUGCACAUUAGAUUUAAAGAUAAGCAACAUGACCCAUUCUUCUUUCCUGCCUUUAGUUUAAAGAUAAAACUGCCCUUAUCAGAGCAGCAAUAUUGUAUUAUGAAGAACACUGUUCCAAAUGAACUCGAACAUCAUCUGAACACCAUGUGAUGCAUUUUGACCAUUUUGGCUUUUAAAAAAGAGCUUAACAUUAUUGCAAACUUAACCUGUGCAUCUUCAAAUCCAAGAAUUCCAAAUUCUGGGUCUUUAUUUAACCCUCUUGUUAAGUAUCACCAGAGAUAUGAUAUAACACAAAGCCCCUUAGAUUCCAUCAUACGUUACAUUAAAAGAUGCCACAAGUUUGAUUACCUUAAACCUAUUCCUUAUAUGUCAAUUUGGUCUUAUAAAAUAUUAUCAUAACUAAUGUUUAAAGAAUUGCAGGUUUAAUCUAAACUAUUUACCUUUAACUAUUCAUGUGUUUUGCUACAGGGUUACCCAGGUCUGGAUGGUGCGAAAGGAGAAGGCGGUGCAGUUGGUGCCAAGGUAAGACUUUAAAUCCUCAAACCUUUUGAUAAAACAAUAUACAAAAAUAUUAAUAUUCCCAAUUUUUAUAUUAAUUGCCCUUCCCCAUCACAGUCUUAGAGUGUAGUGCUUGAGAAAGAUGUUUAAUGCUUCCAUGCUACUGCUGCCAAUAGACACUAAACUUAUUGAUUAAGUAUCAGAAGCAGGCAAACAUAUUGCAUACAGUCUAUGUUAUAAUAUGGUUAACUUUAUUAUUAGAUGGAUAAUGCAGCAAUCAUAUGUAUUUUAACAUGCAUUGUUUUCUCCUAUAGGGAGAGAGUGGUUCCAAUGGUGAGGCUGGAGCUCCUGGUCCAAUGGUAAGUACCAGUAGUGUUAUUCUGAGAUGAUUACUUAAAUACCAACGUGAGUGUUGGAGAAGCAUAAAGUCCAAUAAUCUUAGAUAUACUUGUAGUUCAGGUAGAUCAUAAUUAAAGUUAUGUGCAGAACAUUAGUCUUAAAGUUUAACAAAGGCAUGUGUAAUAUGUCAUUAUAUUAGACUGCAGUAAGUAUAACCCUUUGAGUGCCCGAGAGUUGAGCAGUAUGUUGUAUAUUGCAUAUCACUCUGGAUAUGAGAAGGUAGAACACUGAGUUUGAAGAUGAAACUAAAACAGAAGAUAUGGACACUUAAUAUUGUUUUUCCCUCUGUUAUUAGAUUAUAGGAUAAUAAUACAAAAAAAAAGUUCUUUUAACAUUUAACAAAAGUUUGAAAUGUUAUAUUUAAAUAUAUUUAUCUAAUAAACAGAUGCCCUAAGCUUAGUUUUUAAUUUUGGCUUGUUAGUUGAAGAGUCCUUAAGUUUGUAUAAUAGAUUUAGUGAAAAGGGAAAUAAUUAAUAUAUUGUAUUACUACUUUUUUUAGGGUCCCCGUGGUCUCCCUGGUGAGAGAGGUCGUCCUGGUGCUUCUGGUUCUGCUGUAAGUAUUAGAAUUUUGGAGCCUUAUGAGGGUUUAUAACGUGCUGCCCUCCAAGAAAGUCGUUCAAUUUCCAUAUUGAGAGCUUAAUCUAAAAACCACUCAAAAACACUAUAAUUUUACUAAUAAAUUGCUAAAUACAUGGGGUGAAUCUUUCCUAGUUUUACAGUUCAUCUGGUUAUCAGAACAUCUCAAACUAUUUUCUUGAUAAAAAAGAAAAGAACAUCUGCUUGUUUAAAAAACAGGAUUUCAAUUCAGUGUGCAUGUAUAGUGAUACCAUGCACUAUUUCACCAGCAUGGCAGCUUAGUGCAUAUUGAAUUCUAUCUAUUGAACGUUAUAGUUCCUUUUUAGUCAUACCGGAUACAUUUUUUAUUUUUUUCUCAGCACUGCUGUAUUAUUUUUUAGUAUUAGGCCUUUCAAAUAAUUUCCUUGACUGACCCAAAGUCAGUCUCAUGCUGAUGAGGCCAAAUAGAACAAAAGAGCUAUCUGAGGGGGAUCCAUAGGUUCCCUAAGGCUCUAAUCCAUGCUUUGGUCUUAAUGUUAUGUCUAAAAAAAGUGAUUCUAAGGGAUUGUAUAAAAAAAAUUGUGAGGAAAUUGAAAGUGAUAAUUCUAUAUUUGCCUAUUUGCAUAUUUUGCCUGGCAUUCUGGGAGUGUUAUGGAAACAUGUCUUUUCAUUAUUGCCAUGUGUAGGGCACUAUGAAAAAAUGGUUUGUUAUGUCUAGGUGUUGAAAAUAAUCUGAAUGUAAAUUAAUUUACCAAAUAGACUAUAGUCUACUGUGAGUGUUAAAAGGUUUGAAACCGGAAUACUGUCUAUCACAGCCAGUUAAAAAUAAUCCCUAUUUAAUUGAUACGAGGAAGGUGUAUAUGUUCAGGCCAUAGUAUUAAUAAUUACUGAAUUCAUCAGUUUCAGCAGCUGGUAUCUCGGUCUACUGUUGUUGUAUUUUCUUUUUCAGUGUAAUUUAGGGAUUUUUUGUAUUACAUUUAUCUUUGAAGUGAGCUCUGUGGGGAAAAACCUGACAUGACUUGUGAGACUUAAAUAAUCAUGGUUGUUACUAAGGAUUAUAUUUUUCCUAUAGGUGUUUUUUUGUUUUUUUUUACAUGUACAGGCUAGUAGACUCUUGUCUGCUGUAGGCCUCAAUGUCAGUUUGUUUAAAAUAGAUACAUAAACUUCCGACAAUUUUUUGUUACUUUUAAUGGACUGUUAUUUUUAGCAGACAGAUGCAAAUAACCACCAUUUUUAAACUUAUAGACACAAACAAUAAAGUUAGUUCAGGGGAUUUGCCAAUGUAAAUAUAUGUGGCAAUAUUAUGGUAGCUAUAACUCAUUAUUCCCCUAGAGCUUCCUGGUAACACUAGCAGACGGUCUGGGUUUGAACACUUAAAGAGGUUGCUGUUUGGGCUUGUUUCCAACAUUCCUCCAUACUGUAACAUUGGUUUAAUGAUUUUACUAGUUCGUCUUUUAUAUACUUAUAUAUUCUAAUUUAACAUGCGCAUUUUGCUGCUAUUUUACUCUAUAUCAAAUCAUGCUACUGCAUUUAACUGGCUGGCACUGUUGUAGCAAGCUGUUUUGAACUGCUAAAUAGAGAUAUAAUCUUGAUUGUCUGUUGCAGAUUUAUGAGUCUAAUUUCAUAGCCCUCAUCUUAGGUGAUCAAAAAAAAAAACCCCCUCUAUAUAUUGGAAUAUUAGAAUAAAUCCCCUUUAAAAAUUUCACAAAAAAUAAUUGAAUUGUUACCAGUGGAAGUUCUAAAUAGGUCUAAAUAUAUAAUAGAGAUAAUGGCGAGGAUGCAAUUUGAAGACAUAGUGUAAGAUAAGGCUGACCUCUGGGAGGAAGGAAGUGUAAAUUGGUCACCUAAUUAGUUUUUUUAACAUGAUCUAUGCUAUUAGUGUUCAUAUUUAUUAGAGUGGACCCAUUUUACAAAAACAGCCAAGCUCAUUCAAAAAAAAAAUGGAGAAUUAUAAUAGAAUAAUAAGAGAGGCCUGAGAAUACGUUCAGAGAUCAAGGGUGAAUUAAAGUUAUCGUUUUGCUUCUCGGGUUUCUUUUAAGCUACUUUGUGAAUAAAUUAGUCAUCACAAAAUAUCACAAAAUAUUUUUUUGCCAGACAGGGUUUACUGUGAAGGUCAAUUCCUGCUAAACAGUGCUCAACAAACAGAAUUCAGCAAAACAUUAUAUAUGAGGAAUAUAAAAAGUAUCCAGUAAUAGAAUAAAUACAGUCAAAAAUGAUUAUGCCCCCUGUGGCUAUAACUCAUGUUGCAGUUUGAACAAAACUAAAAAAUGUUGAUACUUUGUGCAAAUUCAAACAGUCUCACUUACCUCUCCCUCUUGCCUCCCUUAUCAUUCACCCACAUAUAUAAAUACAUGUUAAUUUUAAUGUAAUGCCUUAAUAGCACAUUUAGUCUGCUGGAAAAGUGAACCGUAAGACAUAUAUGAUAGUAGCUGUUCCUCUCUGGUUAAAUUAUGUUACGACAGCACUGAAAUCCACUUGUUUUCUGCCUAACAUUCCCUCAAAAUUUUAUGAUGACCUGCAUAACCUUCCCAAAUAUUUCCAAAUUUAGCAGACACAAGAUGCAGGUGUACAAAGUGUGCGCAGUGGCACAUAUCAUCCACAGUGUGGCAGUGUGUAGAAGAAUUUCUUGCACUUUUUCCAGAAAAUAAGUUUGCAUGCCAACUAGAUUUACUAUUUUUUUUUUCACUUAUUUUAGGUAAAUCUUUUUGAAUAUCCGUGGAUAUAUUUUAAUCUUGCAUUAUUUACUUUUCUUAUCUUUUAGGGUGCUCGUGGUAAUGAUGGUCUUCCAGGUCCAGCUGGCCCACCAGUAAGUUGAUUCAUUUGUUUCCAUGAUUUAUGUUAUCCCUAAUAACAUUAAUAAUGAGAAGAUACAUAGUACACUCUAAUACAAUACAAAGCUGUUCAUUAAUUUAAUCAUCACUAUUAUGAUGAUUUUUAUAUUUCGUGUUAUUGCUAUUAUUCUUAUUAUUGGUAAUAAUGUUAGUGGUUUAUAGUAAUUUUGAUUUCAUCUUUCUUAUUAUGGUAACAAUAUCAGGCUGAAUUUAAAAUAUUGCAUGUUUUAGAAAUGUCUCUGCUAAAAGUGUCAUGUUAAGCUCCACAUGUUAUUGCUUCCUUAAUGAGAGUAGUUAAAAUGUUAAAAUAUCUGUUGUAUCUUUCUUUGGCUAUAAAGUUUGUGCCUCUUAGAAAACCUGUCAGAUGGGUUACAAAGAUAAUAUUUUAUCUCUUUUUCUAUUCCAGCUGUUAACCGAAAGAUUUCACUGCAAAUUCUAAAAAGCUCUUUUUCUAUUACAGGGUCCAGUCGGUCCUGCAGGUUCUCCUGGCUUCCCUGGUGCCCCUGGCUCUAAGGUAUGUGUGAAUUCACAGGCAGAGAACCAAUAUCUUAUCACUUUAGCAAUCAGACCUGUCAUGAGUCAGAAAAACCACAAAAAAAAUCCUUCUUUGAAUAAGCCAUUAAAAGACAGAUAUAUAUAGUUUCAAAACCACCACGUAUGUCCAGAAGCAAAGCAUUUUAGUCCCAGCAGUAGAUAUCUGGGCUUAUGAUUAUGGUCUUGUGAACAUAUAACAUGAAGUGACUUUAUUCUGUAAUAUAGCUUAUAAGGGUUAUUUACUAAAGUGAGAGUUUAACCCCUUAAGGACACAUGACACGUGUGACAUGUCAUGAUUCCCUUUUAUUCCAGAAGUUUGGUCCUUAAGGGGUUAAAGUGACUUUCAAAUGUAAGGCCAGAGAAGCGGAACUGAAAACACAGCUAACUUAAAGAACUUUCCCAGUUCGGGUAAUUUAAACUUAAAUUCAUUUUGAAAUUCAUUUUGAAUUUACGUCUAAUUCUCACUUUAGUUUAGUUUCUCAUGCACACGGUGUAAAAAAAGGUGCUCAAAUCACAACUUACAUCAUAGCCUGCUAGAAUAGGAUGCAAAUUUGGUAUAACAGAACUGUGAAAGCAAUUGAAGCUUUAUAUUCAGGCAUAAUUGACCGGCAUCUCUGCUAAGGAGAGAUGGUCCUUUUUCACUUAACUUCCACAUCCACAUUUCUGUCCUAAUGUGUGUGAAUGGUUUCCAUAAAAAAAAAACACAAUUUCCUAUAUGUGGGAAUGCUUUAGCUUCAAUGACUAAUUUCUUAUUUUACCACAAAUGAUGCUGUAUUAGAAGCACUCUCAGACAUAGUAGGGAUGUUUCCAUAACUAUAACAUAAAUCGAGCAUAGAAUGUAUUUGAACAAUAUGGAAAGCCUUCCGUAUAUUCAGGCAGUUGUGCAUCUAGUAGAUACAAACUAGAUAAUGACUAAAACUUAUUACCAUGCUUCCUUUAAACCACGCCAUAAAUCAUGUCUUCUUUACAAAGUAUCCCUGCAUGGAAUGACUAUUACCUAAAUAUAGUGAUGGUUUCCCAUCUAGGGAUUUUUUCAAAAGGAUAUUUUAUGCUCAGUGUAUAUUCUAAUCUAGGCAACCUUUGGCUAUCCAGAUGAUGUGGACUUUAUUUCCCAUAAUGCUCUUACCGCCAUAUAGCUGGCAAAAGCAUGAAUGGAGAUGUAGUCCUUAACACCUGGAGUGCCGAAGGAUGGUUUUCUAAUCUGCUAUACUAGCUGACAAUGAAAGUGAAUUUUCAUACUGGUUCUAUCACAUAAACUGUCUCAUAACAGCCGUUAUGUAGGCAUUAAAUAGUGAACUGUGGUUAGAACACAGCACAAUCCUUUUAACUUCUAACUCAGCUAUGUCAAUUUGCAUCUCACUUCACCACAAAGUGUUGCAGCUCAGUGCAGCGUUCGUAAUUCUCAUAAAGCAUAGAUCAGAUAGAAUCAGCAAGGUAGACAACAUAGCUAGACCUCUUAGGUCUUUGAGUGGUUGACGGUUGGCCUGCAAGGGUUAAUGGUACACCUCAUAAGGCAUGUUAUAAGAAUUAACAAAACUUAAUAAUUUCGGAUCAGAUUGUGAAUGUAGAGGUAUUUUGUAUUAAGACUUCAACAUGCUAAAAAUAUAAUGAAAUAUUUAGACCAUGUUCUUACUGGCAAGAACCCAUUAUUGGUCAUUAAUUAUAAUUACUGGCUUGCUGGGGAAAUGCCAAUUAUGUGAUCAAAAUCAGGCUUCUUGUUAAUGCCAUCUAUCUGAGGGCCACACUUAAAAAUGUUUGUGUGCAUGUGUAGAUAUACGAAUUUAAUGCAAACACGGGGUGAAGAUAUUAUUGGGGGGUGGGGAGGUCUACUGACUGCUGCUUCCUGAGAUCAAGCUAGGAAUUUGUGAAUUAAUGUAAAUUUAACAAUAUUUUAAUCAGCUGACAAACAGGACACACGGUUUACUAAGUACUUAAAAGGAUUAGGCUAGAACAGUGGGUGACAAAGGGGUUCAAGUAAAGGCUACGGCAAAGCAUACACAGUGCUUGCUCCUCCAGGAUUUAAGAGUGGAGCUGAAUAGGAGGCCCUGUUGUUCAUGAUCUACAUUUUUCAUUCCCAGGGAUCUAGUUUCAUCAGUUUCUAUGGGAACCAGACAGUACAGGGGUCCAGCCUGGAAUUUUGAUAAACAAGGCCCUUUGUAAAUGGGAGACAAGAAUGAAUGCCUCGGUGCUUGUUCUUGUAUGAAUAAAACAACACACUCAAGGACAAAAUCAAUUCAGGGAAGAUAAAAGCCAAAACACAGAAAACAAUUCCAGCAACAUUUAGAUAUAAUAACAAAUUCAUUUUAAUAGAUUUGGACUAUUUAGGAAAGAGUACAAAAAUGAUGUGAAGGAAGAUACAUUGAAACAUAAUAAAAGUUGUCAAAUAAACCAUAUAAAAUCUUUUGUUUAAAAAAGUAUUCGAAAACAGGAACAUUUUCAUUGCCAGACAGGUAUUUUGGAAACCAACAUUGAGUUGCAAGAACAUUUAUUACAUUGUCAUUAAAAAAGAGAUGAGACAUCCUGAACAUUCUAGUUAUAUUUAUUUGACCUAUACUAUAUUCAAUUUACCCUUAAAGCAAACGUUCCCAAAUGCAUUCCUUAAGAAGUUGAUGUUUACAGGAAAAUAAUUUAAUAUUAAAUAUAUUAGCUAGAAAUUAUACAUUUACUAUUAGUAUAACAUGCUAGUUUUUAAGCAAGACCUGUGAUAUUUAUCAUAUUAUGGUUUGAACAGGGUCCUCAUCAAACUAUUGUUCCUGUAACAUUUUGUAAUUGUCUCAUUUAUUAUUAAAUUUCCCCUUUUUGUAAAAUUGUAAAGUGCUGUGUAAUACGAUGGCGCUAUACAAAUGCCAAUAAUAAUAUUAAUAUUAAUAAUAAUAUUAUUAACCAAAUAAACAGUAAUAUAUAUGAAGAAAGUAAGAAGUACAUUUAUUUCUAGUUACUCCCAGAGUCUUCCGCUUUGGGAUGUGGGCUGGGUCUCAAUGAGAAGCCCCACCCCCUUCUCCAAAUAUAUGAUAUUGCCCACUCCUUGUCCACUUUUUAGCUACAGACCCCAAUAAUUGUACAAACUUUAUUGAUGGGAAAUUCUUAGGGAUAUCUACCCACAUUUAGAAUAUGUGUCACCUCAUUUUAUGCAGUCAGGUUUAGAUGAGUUUAAACUUUCAAUAUACUGCUUUAUACUGGUUCCCUUCAUUUAUAGAUAGUUUCCGUAUAGGGUUUAUGCAAAGUUCACUACUUAAAUGCAUAGUUUAUACAGUUAUAUAAAGCUUAUCUCAUUGUUUUAGAAUCUUCAGUGAAGUGUUGGACUUUAACAGACAGGUACAAAUGAAUGUACUGAUUUGUUAUGGAGACAAAAUGGUAAAUUUAAGCUCAUGAGGGUUUAUCCGUGAAACCUCAUAUUGUAGUAAAUUAAAAACCGAAUUGCAACAUUUAGGCAACAUUAAGGAAAAUAAGUAUUAAUAUGGAUUUUGUUUUCCAGUUCAGCUAUAGUCACAUCUUGGCUACUUUAUUUUCUGAAGCUAUUUUGUUCAUUUGACGGAGUGUAACAACCAAUACCAUUUUGCUCUUUUUUUUACUUUUUUUACUACAAUUGUUUUCAUAUCAAUUAUUAUACAUUCCAUUCCAAAUACAACUGAAUUAAGUAAACACAUCUCAUAAUCUUUCUAGCUGAUUUUGUGUGUAUUUCACAUAAACAGAAAACCCUGUUUCUAUAAGUGAUUGGUUCAUAUAUACAUCAUACUUGUUUUUAAUUAUGUUUUGCUAUAUUUUCCAUACUGUAUUUUACAAUACAUUUACAUUUUACAAUAUAUUUACUAAACUGAUAGUGUUAGCCCUUUAAAACUGGGGUACUGAACUGCACCCUAUUUUCAGAUGUUUGAGACUAUAACUCUCAUAAUUGUUUGCUAGACAUAAAACAUUGAUAGCAGGAAUGCAUUUAGUGAUAGAAAUAAUUUAUUUACGAGUAUUAAGAUAGUCUUCUCAAAUCAUUCUCCUUUGUAAAAAAAACAAAAAACAAAACACCUCUGCUUUAGAACAGGCAGUGUAAGAAACCUGUACUGUAAAAAUCCACUUUCAGCUACGCUUUCAGCUAUUCUGGCUUUCAAUUUUAAAUUUAAUUUGAAUUCUUAGUUAAGUAGAAACCAUAGUUUGAUCAUUUUUUUUUUUUAUCAUCGUUAUGCCUGUGCAAUAAUAUCGGAUAGCAUUAAAGCUAAUUCUAGUAUUAAAGGGCCAGUCCACAGUGCAAAAAAUAAAUAAGUAGAAAAAUAAUGAUAAAAACCUCUAGCAGUAGCUUAACCCCCAAUGAAUACAUGCCUACGUUUAAUUAUGCAUAUAGUCAUUGUGGAUAUAUCAAAAAGGGCUUUCAAAAGCUGUAGUUUGAUUGCAACAUUGCAAACCCCUCUUCUUCUUACCCAUUAGAAACUUUUAAUUCACAGGGAAAUAACCAAUUAGAAGCUUCUCAUUGAGGAUGUUCUGAAUCUGUCACUUUGUACGCACAUAUGUCUGCAAUUCAGUUUGAUAUGAAUUCUAUUAGGAGGAAUGGAGAGAAGGCAGGCACAUUUACCACUUCUGUUAGCUCAGUUGAGCUAUCUGAAGGAGGAAGUACAUCUCCUGGCUGUUUGAUUGACAGCUGGGUAUGUGUCUCUUAAUUUAAUUAUAACAAUGCAGAAUGUAUAUCGGCACUUUUAUAAACUGCCUUUUAAAUGGAUAAUCCAUACACGUAGAGCUGUGGUGCUUUUUGUAUAUUCAGUGGUACGUUAGGGAUAAAUGUGUGGAAAUCCUGUCAAAAAGCAAUACAUAUAACUAGCCACAAGGUGGUGCUAAUGAGGUUAUAAAAACUAUUAAUUCCCACAGGCACACAACUAUUAGUUUUAGAAUAAACACAAAUGUUAGAGCUUAAUACCUAGACCACAGACCAAACCACACUGUUGGAUUAGCUACAAGAAAAAUUGAACAUAAUUUUAGCUAGCUAGCAUACCCUUUUCUUUGCCUGGGAUUACUAAGCAACAACUGAUCCGUAGAAGAGUGGCAUUUGUAUUUUGCCAAAUUGCCCAUUUUGGACAUUAAAUUUACAUUGUGGCAUAACUUUGUCAACAUACUAUUUAGUAGAUAUAUCACUAAGCAAUUCUACAUCUUUUUUUCUUUAUUAUACUUCAUGUGUUAAAUACUUGUUUAGAUACCCACAUUCAGUGCUCACCUAUGCAUUUAGUUUAUGGUACCUAUACAUGCCCAUCAGUUAAGCAAAUCAUGGCACAUCAUCUAUCACAAAGGGUAUGAAAAUACUUUUUUUUAUAAUAGUAUGUACUAUUACAUUUUAUAUACUACAGUCGUAUACCAGUGGCAUGAGUAACCAUCGUGUGUACCUACUAUGAUACCUGUAUCAUAGUAUAAUACAAUGACUUGCUUUCUUUUUUUGAACAGUUUGAAAUUAAAAAAAAUAUGUGUUAAUGUGUGAAAUAAUUAUUUUAUUUGAUCAUUCAACCUCUUUACGUUUUCAAGUAGCCAUGCUUGAACAGAAUUCGAUUAUUGUAUUAGGGCAUAUACUGACUUUCUUAAAUCUUCCACUUAUCAAAAAAGGUUUAUAUAAUAUGGGGGGGCAUGCAUACGGAAGCAUUGAUCUCUGAUUGUCAUUUCCAUUUUUUUCAGGGAGAAGCUGGUCCAACUGGUGCACGUGGUCCGGAGGGUGCUCAAGGUCCCCGGGGAGAGUCUGGCACACCUGGAUCUCCUGGACCUUCUGGUGCUUCUGUAAGUACUUAUAACACAAGCACAUUAAAAAACCGGGGAGCCUUGGCAGUUGAUUAAUUUCUCUAUAUGGUAGCAACAUCUUAGAACCCUGUCCUUUUUUUGGCAUUGUCCUAGGCCCAAAACACAAAUAUAUAUUCUAUUAUUAUAUUGCUAAACCAAUGAUUACAGAAAGUACACGCUUUCUUGCUUUUAUAAGUCUUGUGUCUGUUGUGUAUUGGUAAUCAAGGAAACAAGCUCGUUUGUAUAUCUUUAUAACCUAACGGGAGGAGAAAUAAUAGUCAACAUUCGAAAAUUCCCCCCAACAACUAUAUAGCUGGCUGUGUUGUAUAAUCAAUUUCUAGUCUUCUCCAAUCACAAUUUCUUGUUAUUAAGCAUUUGCUUCUGAUAAAGUAUGUUACUGUGUAUAAUAAAUCUUUUGUUUCUAUUUGCAUAGGGUAAUCCUGGUACUGAUGGUAUUCCCGGAUCCAAAGGUUCAACUGUAAGUAGCACAUAUACUAGUUUUAUAUAGGGAAAUGUAUAUUAAUUGAUUUUACAUCAAUCAUUGGGGUUAUAAAUAAAUUAUACAAUUUGGUGGGUCUAAGCUAUUGGUGGUUAUAAAACAUAUUAGAGUAUAUUACUAAAUAUAGAACAGUUUAGUAACAAGUAAUAUAUAUGUUUUUUCAUCUUUAGGGUGGUCCCGGUAUUGCUGGGGCUCCUGGUUUCCCUGGUCCACGUGGCCCACCAGGACCUCAGGGUGCUACAGGCCCUCUUGGUCCCAAAGGUCAGACGGUAAGUCAGUAAUCUGCACUCUUUUUCUGCAUUCUUCAUUCAUUAGUGUUAAUUGAUCUUGAUUAUAUCAAACAGAGCUUUAAAAAACCAUGAAGGCUAUUAAAUGACUAAAAAGUACUAGGCCCAAUCAGUUAUAUAAACAAUCUUUAUUACAUGUUCUGAUUUCUUAUCCACAAUUGCAUGACUUACAUGUACACUUUAAUCUCCAACUCUUUUAAUAUUGGAAAGCACUACAGAACAUGUUGGCGCUAUAUAAAUGCUGAUAAUAAUAAUUGUCCCAUGAAAUUUUAAAAUAUAGUGGUAGCGUCACAACAUAACCUUGUGUUGCAUUAUACCAAAAUGUGUCUUUAGCAGAACUGUUCAACACCUGCUUGUCUUGUUUUAGGGUGAUCCUGGUAUUGCAGGUUUCAAGGGUGAACAGGGUCCCAAAGGAGAAAUCGUAAGUAUUAUACCAUUUAACUUUUUUAUUAUGAUAAAUUCAGGCUAUUUAACUUAUUAUUCACAUCUUAAACAUAUUAUAACUUCUUAUAUUGUCAAAGAACAUGCAGUAAUUGACUAUGCUGCAUUGUCUUGUUUGAGGCAAAUCAUUUGAAUGCACAUUAUCUUAAUGACAGAAAUCAUAUCUAUCCUUUCCAAAAUUGAACUAAACAACAUAGCAGUUUCAAAAAUAUAGACUUCUGAUGUGCAAACCAUGGGUUUAAUUGGCAAAAUGUCAAGUUGUAGUUGCUUGACAAAAUGGCUAAAAUAUCCCAGUGUAAAAUAAUCUCCAGUUCAGCAAAAUAGAUUAUUUUUUCCAACUCUACUAUUUUUUAUUUAUUUUUUAAGUCAUUUAUUAAAUCACUGCAAUUUGUAAUUCAAGGAUUAGAACUCUUAAUGUAUGAUUGGACUCAUCAUUCAAGAAUAAUUGGAAUAGUUUGGAUAAUGAUGGAAGAGCCAUAAAAUGCUAAAACUACAAUGGUGCCAGUUUGCACACAUCUGACAUCUUUGAGUCUUUUUGAUUUUAGGGGCCAUCAGGUCCUCAGGGUGCUCCUGGUCCAGCUGGUGAAGAAGGUAAAAGAGGUGCCCGUGGUGAACCUGGAGCUGCUGGUCCACUUGGUCCUCCUGGCGAAAGAGUAAGUAUCCAUUAUAUUAUUUGUACCUGAGUCAUUAUCAGUUAGUUUAUCAACUAACAUAAUGCUGAGCAUCUUUGAAUACUGGUACAUGAUUACACAGUAACAUAUAUCAAUCUAAAGCUAUAGAAGAAAUUAUAUAAGUGUUUUGUCUCUCCGUACAAAUUACCAGUUAAUCCCUGUAGGUUGUUAAGGGAUUUAAAAACAAAUCAGAACCUUUUUAUGUACCUGUACUCCAUCGUAUUGUUCAAAGGCAUAAAAUAAAAAGAAAUAUAUAAAUAUUUCAGUGUUUCUUUGGCGACCGAACUGCUAAAAGAUGAAGCUUCAAAGAGUGGUACAAAUGAGAGUGAAAAAUCAAGGACAGACAAAAUUGACAGGGCACUCAGAAACUGCACUUAUAUCAAACAGUUCAUAGAAAAUUUAUAAUUCACGGUUAUACAAGACUUUUUAAAGUUAGACUAAUUAUUUCAAUAACACAACACAUUGUCCUAUUGUUGUCCUUUACUUAUGCAUGCCCUUUAAAGAAAUGCAGGUAAUGUGUGUUAUACAUAUGCAUGUGAUAUAUGUGUAGUAUGUAUGUAUAUGGCGUGUGUCACACAUGAUGCAUUGAAGGCUGUUUAUGUGAUGUAUGUAAUGUAAUGUGUGGUGUGUCUAAGUAACAUAUGUUAUGCCUGUGUAGUGUGUGAUGUGUUUUGUGUAUGUGUCAUGCGUAAUAUGCAUGCAUAGUAUGUCAUGUGUCUAUGAUAUGUAGUAUGCAAUAUGCAUAUUUAGUAUGUGAUUCAAGUUACGUAUUUGUGUUGUCUGAUGUACGCUAUGUGAUAGUUUUGUGUGUUAUAUAUGUGUAGUUUGCAAUAUACUUAUGUGAUGUGUGUGAUGCAUAUGCAGUGUUUCUCAUCUCUUUAUUUAGCCGUUGCAUGUUGUGUAGUUUUUAAAGUGCAUGCAUGAUGUAUGUAAUUCCUCUGUUUAUGUGUUAUGCCCAUGCCUGCUGGAAUACUGCACAUGUGAUGGGAUUUACUGCUGAAAUCACUGUAAUCCUAUGUACUCUUGUCCAUGGGUGCUGAUCAAUGUAAUUGGCUGACAGGUUGGCACUCAGUUGCUGGAUGAGGUACAUUAAACAUGGAGAGGGAUAGAUUGCAAAGAUGGAGACCCAUUGAUCAUUUGUCAUCCAGAAUUAUAAAAUAAAAAUCCAGUAAUAAUUUGCUACACUAGUAUCAUAUAUUUUCUAAGCCAAUAUGACAUAUAUGGCUGCAUGCAUCAUGCAAUAAAUACAAUACACGCCAAGUUCCAAAAAUCUUCCUAGGAAGCCAUCUUUCAAUCCUGACAGACCUGAAACUAAAGUGAAACUUUCCAGUGUCUUCCAGGAGCCAUUUUGUUAUAUCAUCUCUAGCUGUACAAUCGGUACCCAUCUUUUUAAUUAAACAUACUGUGGAAUGAGAAAUAAGACCUAAAGUACUGAUGUUCUGUGAAAAAUCUUUUUUUAAGUUAAUUUAGUAAAAAUUCCUAUUGUUUAUCUGUAUUAUAGGGUGCUCCUGGCAACCGUGGUUUCCCUGGUCAAGAUGGUCUCGCUGGCCCUAAGGUAAAGUCAUUUUUUUCUUUAUUAACUUUUGGUAACCAAUGUUUUUUUAGAAAGUGUGUUUUAGUAAACCAAUGGCUAGUUAUUUUCUGCAUACAUCUUAUUACCAAUUUUGUCUUAGUCUGUGAUGAUUAGCCUUAAAGCUGCUACUGCUUUUGGACUAUGUUCCUCAUGAUGAACAUCCAGCCUAAAGGGUGUAGGAUUGAGUAUCGUGGCUGACUGGCUAAGCAUCACGGGAAACAUAUUCUACCAACAUAUUCAGUGCCAUACUUACCUCUUAGUGACUAAUUCCCUAGUACGGGUAAUUCUCUUGAGCUCACGUUAUAUGGACUUUCUUAAAUACAAUAAUUUAUCUACAUCUAUCAAAAGGUAGAAACAACAAGUAGCUAUAAAAGAUGGAAGCCAUUUAGGGGCAUAUAUUGCCUAUCACUGCUCAUACUUGCAAAAUAAAUUGUCAAAUCACUUAUAUUAAAAUUCUAAAUCCUAACCUAGCUGACAUACUUAGGACAAUACCUAUCAUUUCUCUCAGCAUUGCUGAGAUGUUUUCAGGUUUUCCAGACUGGGUAUUAUGUGUUAGAUUCAGGUUUUCCCCAAAUGCACUGGGUUCUUUACAAUGAUUUUAGAAUCUUAUUUUGGAGAACAUCGAGUGAUUGGCCCAUAGUCCUUCUACAUCCUCAUUAUAUCAGAGCAUGGAAGGGAAGGUCAUAGGGAGAAAGGGAUAGGUUGCUUAUGCAGGUGAAUAGGAUUAUAAUUAAAAAGUAGACAAGAGUAUGAAGGAAGUAGUGGGGAGCCAGCAAAUUGGGGAAGAGUCAGAUUUCCCACCAUCUGAGACUUGAGCCAUGCCUUGGAGAUAUAACAACUACAUGUCAUAUCUGACUCUUCAGGGCAAGUCCACUACAAAAACAGAGGGUUUCCAAGUAUGAUUUAAGAGAAAACUGUUGCAAUUCAUGCGGGAUGCAAUACCUUCAUGCAUAUAACAUUUACCUUAAAUGUAUAAUUAUGGACCUAUUUCUUUAAGGAUUAUCUAAACACAUCUGAUGUAAGCAAUAUGAUGUAUGCAUUAUCAAAGCAUAAUAAAUAUCACUAACUAUUCUUCUGUGGGUUAAACUUUAUCCUAAUUGUAUUCUAUCUUCCUUUAGGGAGCUCCUGGUGAACGUGGUGUUGCUGGCCUCGGUGGUCCAAAGGGUGCUAAUGGUGAUCCUGGCCGUCCUGGAGAACCUGGUCUCCCUGGAGCUAGAGUAAGUGAUUCUAAAAAUGGCAUUUACAAUUCUAGCUUAAAGACCAGAAUAUAGUGAAUUUUGCAGUCACUCAAAAUAGUUACAUAAUACAGCAGCAGCAAUAGCAUUAUAACAGCAGUGCCAUUUAAGAUUGUAUAAAAAUGAAAGAUCUUCUGCACAUGGUCAACUCUGGACCAAAUGGGGCCAUGUCUGAUAAUUAGCUUAGAGCUGUGAUAUCUUGAGGUAAUUGGCUUUAGACUGUUUGUUGCCACCACCACACUUUACUUGCUUGCAUGAGAGUAAAUCUCCAGGAGUUUUCUUUCUGCUUGCACCAUUUUAAAAUGGAAAAGUAAGCCCAGGAAUAUAUAUAAAAUUCAUGUUUAAACAGAUCCAUGGUGCUCAUUAAAUUGAAGCCGUAUUUCUGCCGUCUGUGUGAAUUCAGAUGUAAGUAUUUUUGAGCCAGGCAAAUCUGCACCAAACUUAAAAUAUAUUGUAACCUAUGGUCGUACCUGUACCAAAAGUAGAGGCCAGUGAAUUUUGUUCAGUGUUGUAGAAAUUAUGAACCUCUGUUGCUACAAUUCUGUCGACAAGAGGUAUCCUGAUUCUCUAGUGUCGAGAGAAUCAACUAUCUUUAGUUUGGUGAUCUAAAUGUAAUUAUUCAAUGUUAGUUUAAACAGGAGCUGUAACUUUCAAUGAUUAUGUUUAUGUAUCCCCUAAAGUUAACAACUGUGCAUUUGUGAGGCGUCAAUAAUAAAAUCAAAUGUAGAAAUCAACACCUGUUUAUCCUGAAAUUGGGCACCUUAAUCUUAGCUCCUUGUUAGUCUUUGCUAUAAGCCCUGUCCUUUGCACCUGACGGUCAGCACAGAUAAAGAAUACAGGGAAAAGUUUAAAUGAAACAAUGUUUACAUUUCUCCUCCUCAUUUGCAAUUUGUGCCCUGGCUGUGCCUCAACUGACCUGGAUUGUGAUGCAAUUUACCAAAUAUUUAAUAUAAAUUUCAAUGAAAAUGGAGCAUCACACAAAAAAAGGUUAACUGAAGUUAUAGGUGAUUUCCAAUAAUUUAUUCAGUGGUGUAAUUUCUAGAGAAGUGACGUCUCCCCUAUAAACCCUCCUACUAAGAGAUCAAGGCAUAUCUGUACUCCCCUUAUAUAAAAAUAUAUCCCUCUACAAAGUAACUCAGUUGAUUUUGGGGAAUUAAUGACAUUUAAGGAACAUGUACAACAGUCAUAACUCCUCUCAGUUUACCUCCAUAAUGUAAGUCCUUUAAUUGAAAAUGUUUAAAGAAUACUGAUAUAUAUGACACUAUGAUACUUUCACUAUUUGCUAAUGUAUUGUUUUGCAUUCUACAGGGUCUCACUGGACGUCCUGGUGAUGCUGGCCCUCAAGGAAAAGUUGGCCCCACUGUAAGUUACAUAUUUAAUAAUGCCAGUAAUUUGAUAUCUACCUCUACAUGGACAUAGUAAUAAAUCAAGGCAAUGUAAAGUGAACUGUAAAUAGCAAAUAUAGAUUAACGAACAAAACUUAGUAGAGAGGCAGGUCAUUUAAAAAAAAUAAACCAUCUUUGUAUACAAAAAAAUUGUAUUUAACAGUUUUUGUUUCUCACCCACUACACCAGUGGAAACACUCUCCGAACGAGUACCAAAACUACCAUUGAACUUGCAAUGUCAGUUUGUAUUUAACAGAUGGAUUAAGCUACAUAUUUGUAGAAAAAUAGAACAGGUACUCUGUAAAUUUGAACCUGCUCUAGGCAGGCAUAGGAUACUGCAAGCCCAGUAACUCACUUGUGUAGGAGGUGUCAGACCUUUAUUAAUGUAAAUAUAUAAAGGGAAUCAACACAGUAAAGGAGGAUAUUUAAAAGAAGAAAAACUACCACAACAAGAGGACAGAGUCUUAAAUUAGGCUAGAGGGUAGUGGAUACAUGGAAUAGCCUUCCAGCUGAAGUGGUAGAGGUUAACACAGUGAAGGCGUUUAAGCAUGCGUGAUAUUGGCAUAAGGCUAUCCUAGCUAUAAAAUAAGGCCAGGGACUAAUGAAAGUAUUUAGAAAAUUGGGCAGACUAGAUGGGCCGAAUGGUUCUUAUCUGCCGUCACAUUCUAUGUUUCUAAAUCUUUUAAGUCUUAAUACACGCACCAAAUAACUAAUAUAACUUACACUUUAAGUACUAGUUUAAACCAAAUGAAAGCACAUACAGAACAAGAAUGCUAUGGUUCUAAAUUAAUUGGCAGUGUUUAAAUGCCAUAUUUCAUGUGCUAAUUGUUUUUUCCCUGCUAGAUUUCACUUGAGAUAUAGUUUAUAUUGUACUUACAAAAGCUCUGCAAGUUAUUCAUGCAUGAGAUAUUGAGAGUUGGAGUUACUGCACAGAAUCACUGGUUGCCAUGUGAUAUUUAGGACUCUCAUGAGAAAUAGUUGUACAGCUUUAGCAAGUAGAUUAAAACACUAUCUUGAAUUAUAAAGGAGAAUUAAUUAGCAGUUGCAUUCCAGUGUUCUGAAUGGAAAAAGCACACAAUAUUAACUCUUCAUAUAACCAUGACACCUACAGCCAUAGCCCCUUUUAACCUACUUACCCAAUGAUAUAUUUUUUAAAAAUCCUUAGAGCAUCAAUAUACAUCCGAUGUCAUUGUGUAAUAUUAACUGGGCAGCUGUCAUGCCAGCUCAGUAUUAAAGGAGUUGAAAUAUCACAGUAGCUGGAAAUGUACAUUAAGUAACACUGCACAAUAUUUUUAUAGAUGAAUGGUUCCAUUUGUUUAAAAACUUAUGAUGGCAGAUUAGUUGUUUCCCUAUGAUAAGGCAGACUUAAUUUACACUAGUUUCGUUUUUUUCCGCCAUGCGUCAGACUGGAAAAUGACAUUGAGCUUUAGAUAAAUGACAAGUGUAAGUCAUAUUUGUUCUUACACUGCUUUGCUUGCACACUGAUAUAUCAACAUGUAAAUUUGCUUGGAAUACUUUAGUUGAAUUACAGUUUAAUCAAUGUAAUGCCAAGACAGUAUUCAUGAAUAUUUUUUGUUGUUACUACCCUAUAGGGUGCUGCUGGUGAAGAUGGUCGCCCCGGACCUCCUGGACCUCAAGGUGCUCGUGGUCAGCCUGGUGUCAUGGGUUUCCCUGGACCUAAGGGUGCCAAUGUAAGGAACAAUAUUAUUAACAAUUUACAAUGCUAAUUAUUUCUAAAGUAAUCGUAAGAAGUUAUUAAAUUUUUUUCAAUGAUCAUCAUCAUCGAUUAUUAGAUUAUUUAUAAAGUAAUCAUCAUCAAUUAUUAUAUUAUUUCUAACAUAAUCAUCAUCAAUUAUUAGGUGAUUUCUAAAGUAAUCAUCAUCAGCGAGGCAUCAUCAGUCAUAGUAACGUAGUUUCCAGAGAUUAAUAUAAAGUGAGUUGUCUGAUUUUGGUUUUCAAAUGAGGCCAAAAUGUCAUAUUCCCAACAACAGUUAUGCGGCUUAAAUGCACAUUUAUUGCAUGUAAUACUUAUUUGCAAGAAUAUGUUUAGAUCAAUGUUUUAUACUGUUUGGUCCAUUUAUAGUUAACAUGUUAGGUUAGACUGGAAGAUGUGCUACAUUAAUUUUCUAGAAAGCCUUAUAGAUGUGAUUGGCGACAGAGUUUUCUUUAAUAUGUUUUUGUUUCUUCCUUUAGGGUGAAGCUGGCAAAGCUGGUGAGAAAGGAUUGGUUGGUGCUCCAGGUCUAAGAGUAAGUUUAUUUUUUACUUUGGAAUAAAACUCUGGCCUAAACAAUUAAUCAAUUCCUUAUUUAAGAUGACUUUAAAGACAUUAGCAGCCAGAAACAAUUCUCCAGUUCUCAAAACAAUGUGCUAGACAUUACAAAUUUAAAUAGCUCAGUGCUUUUUUUUUUGCCAAGAAGACAAAAGACUUGACUUGUUAUUACAAGUUCUGACUGCUCUGUACUAGACUUUAAGUCUUUUGAAAUAGUCUAGAAAAACAGUUACAUGUUAGUUUCAUCAACAAGAUAUAUCAAGAAUAAAAAAAAUACUAUUGUCACUGUUACAGUGUAUGAUUGGAUGAUAACAUUCAGGUUGGGCUUUACAUAGAAGUUUAACAAUAUAUAAUUUCUCUUUUUCUAGGGUCUCCCCGGAAAAGAUGGUGAAACUGGUGCUCAAGGUCCUAAUGGUCCAGCUGUAAGUAACCAAUUAUUUUGUCAGUGUCUUAACCUCAAUCUUGACCUACAUGUAGGGGGUAGGAAAGUAGCAUGAUCACUUAUUGUGCUGUAUCCAUAGGUUGGAGCCAAAAGUAAAUGGGGUGUUAAAUAGUAACUAUCACACAAGAUCAUUAAGAUCUUUAAGUUAACUAAUAAUAAGUGAAGUCCUAUGAUUCUGAUGGGUUAGUCUAUAUGCAGGAACCUUGUGCAUGUAAGGUAUCUUUAGCUAAUGUCUUUGCUUACCACCAGGAAGUGUUGUAGACUGGAGUAGAUAUGCAAUACUACUUAUGUCCAACACAUACCUUAUUCCAAUAAGUGUUUCAAUAGUCUUCCUGGGUUGAGAGAAAUCCAAACUGUCACCAACAGAAGGUUGACAGUUUUUUCUUAUGUGGUAACUUGCAUUUUUUUUUUUUUGAUUUUUCAUGAUAGCAUCACUCCUAUGCAACAGUAGUUUAUACAGUCCUAUACAAUUUAUACAAAACUGUCCACUGGAAAGCUUAAAGUUCAUUAAAUCAUUCUGCACUCGUGUAAAACUCAUCUUUAGUAUCUUUAGAAUAUUAUUUAUUAAUGGAUUUCCAAAUAUGCCUUUAAAUAGUACUCUUGAUUCUUUUCCUUCCAGGGACCUGCUGGUGAAAGAGGUGAACAAGGUCCUCCUGGCCCAUCUGGCUUCCAGGUACUUGGCAGAAGACAGGGCUAUACUGUAGCAUGAUACAUUCCAAACACUGUCACUUUGCCACUAUGCAUGGCAUCUUGAAAACUGGAACAAUGACCAUUAAUACCAAGUUACACAAUUACACAUAUUUCACAAUAAAAAUCUAGUGACACAUUUACUGUAUGACACAAACACAAAACAUAUUUCAGAUCAUUACACAGCUUACAUUUGAUAGAAUUAUGAAUUGUGAAUACAACACAAUUAAUAUUAUUUGACCUUGUCUUUUUAGGGUCUCCCUGGAACUCCAGGUCCCCCAGGUGAAAGUGGCAAGCCCGGUGAUCAGGUGAGUAAAACAUUCCUUCAUUUAUAGAUCUCAUCCAGUUUAUUGUCAAUUUCCAAUAUUAGGAGUUAUCUUUGUUUUAGUGGUUGUGCUAAAUCAUACUAGGGCCGAUUUAAAGAUAUUGGUAUAUGCUCCGUUGUUUGUUCUUUAAUGUAUCCAUCCUUCCAAAACACAGAUAAGAAAGGUUACCAACACAAUUAAAUAUGUGUAGGAUUCUAAACUGUCUGGAUAACAUUCAUCCAAUUAGAGAUAGAAUUAGCAUGAUGCCUAUCUCCCACUGCUUGUCUUUAGAAUGUUUUUAUGCAAAUAUAGUCUCUUCUAGUCACAAAAUAUAUCAUAUUAUUGUCUAGCUAAUAUAAAUGGAACACUGGAUAACAACUAGUACUGGUGCUAGACAAUAAUAAGUUAAUUAAGUGUGUUGGCAUAAAUAAUUUUUGUGGCAUCUAUUUCUACAAGUUCAUAAAACUCUUUUUUCAUCUCAUUCUGUCUUGUUCUAGGGUGUUCCCGGAGAAGGUGGUGCUCCAGGUCUUGUUGGUCCAAGAGUAAGUUAUUUAUCAACAUUGUUUCUGAUAUUUUGUCCAUUACCUUUAUUUAAUCGACAAUCCUGCUUCAAGAAGUAUCUUCUUAACUUGUACUCAAGUACAUUAUGGCAUAACUAAUAUACCUUGUGCCAUAACACAUGCAACAUCAUUUUAUAUUGACUUGCUAAGUCUAUGCUAAUACAUCACAAUUAUUAACCUGUUUUUAUUGUUCACUCUGUUAUCCAUUUAUUGACCAACAUCAUCAUUACAGGGAGAGCGUGGUUUCCCAGGGGAACGUGGUUCUUCAGGUCCUCAAGGUCUCCAAGGUCCCCGUGGUCUACCUGGUACCCCUGGAACUGAUGGUCCUAAGGUAAGGCACAUUUGUAAUCCCAAAGGUUGGAAUUAGCACAGAAUGGUCAUUGAGGAGCCUAUUCCCCACCACCCCCAAAUAUAAAAAAUGUCUCAGUCAUCAGUGACGUGCCCAGCCACAUUGUGAUAAAGUGGCUAUUUUCAUUCAGCAUAAUGUUAGAAUGAAAAUAAAUAGAGACAGAAGCUAAGAGAUAAUGAAAGGAGGAGACAAAGGUAGACAAGCAGGGAGAGACAGAUGGAUAGAGGUGGAUAAGGGCAAAAUGAUAAAGAUAUUCUCAGAGAGAUUAAAAGAAUCUGUGAGAGACAGACAGACAAGACAUAGGGAUGUAAAACCAGACACAGAGAUAGAUAGAUCUAUACAUAGAGAUACAGUAUUUAAAUACAGCUCUUAAAUAGAUAAAUCUAUUUCACUAUCUGUGUCAUAUGCUUGGAUGGGGACAGAGUGAUCUGUGUUAGUUGUCUUGUAAAGCAGAAGCUUUUUACCGAUAUUGUGAUAUUAAUGUGCCUAUCUCCUGAGGGCAUGCGAAAGCAAAUGGCCCUUUGGCUUUUGUGGGUGAAGAAAAGGAUGGAAGAAUAGUAGAGGAGGUAAAAGGCCAGGAGGGGUUGGUUGGAAAGUGUCCAGGUUUUUUUCUGAGUUAGAAUGAUGUUGGGAACAGCACAUUGGCUGACUGAGUCCUAACUGGCAGGAAAUUGACCAUGCCCUCUUGUUACCCAUUGCCUACUAAACAACCUGCAUUGUGUGUGAUGUGUUCCUGGUUAUUCAGUCACUAAGUGUCUACAUGUGCUAAUGUAUAAACACACCCUAAUUUGGGGCUUUGGGCAGCUGUUCCUUUCACCCUAAAUUAAUCUUCCCUCGUCUAAACCAAUAUCCUCUCAUUGACUGUUAGACAAGAGAGACACACUUACUAGAGUUAAUGAAUAUAAUAAAUAAUAUGAUAAUCACCUGACUUUGAUAUCUUUUGUAGGGUGCUACUGGUCCAUCUGGUCCCAAUGGUGCCCAGGGUCCUCCUGGUCUUCAAGGUAUGCCUGGUGAGAGAGGUACUGGUGGAAUUCCCGGAGCUAAAGGUGACAGAGUAAGUAAAAUAUGUUUUACAAUUUAUUUCCUUUCAAAGUCUAUGUAUUGAAACAGUUUCUGAGGUUUUAUUUACAUGACAUUGGCAUUAAUGUGAAAAUGUCAAUUACUUAAAAAGUUAAUUAAAAAAUACAAGAAUAUAAAAUUUCAAUAGCCUAGGCUAAUCGGAAGGGUUCACCAUAAUAAAGUAUUAAACAGCAUACAUUUAUUUAUUUAUUUUGGAAGCCUUGUUUACUGGAAACUUUUUCUAAAACAUUGAAGCUUCCCAAUUUUCUGUGUUUUUUUUUUUUUUUUGAGUUUACAUACUAAACCACAGUCAUCUAAAGUCAUUAUUGGUUGUAUGUGAACACCAGAAGAGUUAAGUCUGCCAUUGUGAAACAUUCACCAAUGUCUAUAAAAGGUCAGCUGUGCUAAUAUGAGAUGUUGAAACCCAACACUAUUAGGAGAAUAGUAUGGGGAGAAUCUUUUAAUAUCUACUUAUACAUCUAACCAGAAAAUAUAAAUCUUGCUUUUUAGUAUUAGCAGUGCCUAUAUAUGUGUACCUUUUAAAUAAUUUUUAUCAUUCUCUUUUUUUAGUAUAUGCAAAUUAUUCACAGAACAAUAAUACUCAGCUAGUUGACAAAACUUACGUUCCUAAAAUGUGGAGCUUAUUAGACAUCCAGAAUCUAAACAACAUUGCUGGAACUGCAUUAUUAUUAUAUUUAUAAUUAUUGAUGUUUGAAAGAAUUGGGGGACAGGAGUUUUACAUUCUGCACCUUUAGACAUGUAUCACAGUGGAGGCCUACCUUAUUAUCAUUAGAGAGAAUACAAGUGCCCACUCAUUAGUAGAUAAUGAAUCUACCUAUUUGCCAUAAACAAAUAAAACACAUUUGAGUCGUGAGUUAAAGCUAUUUAUCUAUUGAUUAACCUUAUAUAUUAGAACAGAUACUCAUGAUUUUGUUUUGUCCUUCUUUACUUUUUGUUUUUUAAUAGGGUGACUCUGGUGAGAAAGGACCAGAAGGUGCUCCUGGAAAGGACGGUGCAAGAGUAAGUAUGAUUACAUAAAAGCAAAGAACAAAAAAAAAUUAUAACCUACACAUCAAUAGUCUGUUAACUGGUGGAAAUAACAGUAUUGUAGGGCCUUAAAGCCAAUUUCACCUAGGCCACUUAAAAUGUACUAUUUAGGAUGAGAAUACAUAGGUAGGAAAUCCUGGCUUUAUUUAACACUCUGCAGUAUUGAAGUUCAUGGGAGCUGUACAUAUCAAUACUCAUCAAUACACAGCGCUACGGAAUGUGAUGGCGCUAUAUAAAUAAUAAAAUAAUAAUAUUAUUCAAUACUCAUUCUUAAUAUGGCAUUAUGUCUGUUUAUUAGUGUACAGGUUAGUAAAGGUUAUGUAUAAAGAUCAGUUUUGGGGCAGGGUUCAACACUCUCAUUUCCUAUUAGUACUCAUUAUGCUUUAUUUGAAUGCUGGCAAGAUUGUUAGAACAUUCCAUAUGUGCAUUUCAGUGAGUGAUAUAAUAAAUUCUGACACUUUACAGUCAGUGUUUUAGUAAAUUAUUAAAAAAAUAAUCAUGAAAAAAAUUAAUUGUAUACAUUAUAGUAGACAUUUAGAAAAUACCCAAAUGAGGCUACAAAUUUAUGUCCAUGACAUGCCAUACUGGAAUGCAAGCAUACUCCCAUUGGUUCCAGAUAUUUAUAGUAAAACUAAACCUUUAUUGAUAGGAAGUUGAGUAAAUGAAUAAUCCACCAUCUCAAAUACAGAGUCAGUAGUGUGAAUACUUACUGUUGACCAUACAGAAAAUAAUUUCUGAUUUCUCUUUUCAGGGUUUAACUGGUCCAAUUGGCCCACCAGGUCCAGGCGGUCCUAAUGGCGAGAAGGUAAGUGUUAUUUCAAAUAUGAUGAUUAACUUGUUCUAAACUACUUCCAUCCUGAUGCAUUGAUCCUGGUGUUCAGCAAUAAAUCCACAGGCUGCUUAAUGAGGUAAAAGUAGAUAUGGAAAAAAGUAGGCCAUCACUGGAUCCUGGUAAAGAUGUCAAAAAAGGCAUAAUAACCCCUAGAAAUAGUUGAUCAUCAAUAGUGCCACCACUGUUUCCAUUAUAACUUUGUGCAGAUCUGACCAUCUCUAGACUGAAACAGUGGGGGAAAUUGCAUUAAUUGCUGCUAUGAUACUAUGGACCUCAGUUCCUAAACACUGCGUAAUUAAUUCUAAUGAUCAGGGAGACAGCAAGCAUUUAAUUUAUUUUUGUUUAUGUUCAUCAUCAUAAAGAUAAACCUCUGUCAGAGAUAAUUAGUAUCUUUGAAAUGUAAUAUUUGGAACUGGAGCCACCUUUGUUAUGUCAGUUUUAAGUAGACAAUGAUGGUAUACAUCAUUGGAAGGCCUUGGAAUUCAAAUAUAACUUUAAAGGGUAUUGCCUAACAUGUGUUCAUAUGUUCACAUGAUGAACAAUUGUUUAUAGUAGGAAUGAAAACGGAAAUAGAACAGAUUCCAGUGUAGUAUAGUCAAUAAACAUAUUAAAUUGAUGUAUGCAGUAACCAGAGACUAAUGUAAUUUUAAUUAACCUUGCAGAUUAGUUUGCAUGAUUACAUAAUGGGGACGUAAGAUGUGAUCAGGAAGGAAACUACUCCAUAGUUUAAAGAAGGUUAUUAGCAUGCAGCAAAUGUGUGAGCAAUAAGAAGUUAUUUACACUAACAAAUUCAAUUUCUCCUUCCAUUACUUCUAGGGAGAAUCAGGUCCUCCAGGUCCAUCUGGUAUUGUUGGUGCCCGUGGUGCUCCUGUAAGUUAAAUACCUUUUAAAGAAAAUUGUAUAUAUAUAUAUAUAUGUUUUUUUUUUAAUUUUGUUCUGGAAUUUGUUGACAUUGAGCAUAAUCAUAUGUUCACCAGACAUUAAUUAUCUGCAGUUAGUCUUAGUCUGAUCUAUUUUUUUUUUGUAUGACAAUUUUUCAAGUUAAGAUGCAAUCUAGUUUAUCUUUCCUUUGAUUAAUUGAAUGGCAGAUUACAUUAGGUUUUUUUAUUUAUUAUCUAGUAAAGUAUCUUAUUAUGUACAAAAAACAAAUAACACAUUUUGUGCUGUUUUAGACAGUCCCACCAUCUUAAACUACAUCAUUUUGUUCAGCUAACUCUGCCAUGUCCUUUAUUCUGGAUAAUUUGCAGAAAUAGGAUCAGACACAAUGAUAAUAAUGAUUAUGCAUACAUGAAGAUGAUAUGCAGAGAGCUUGUUCAUCCAUGAUUAAGGCACUUUACAUGCGUCAAUGAGAUAGGCCAAUGUUGAGUGCAUAUGGUAGGCUCCACUUUCUCUUUUUCUCCAUAUUGGCAUCUAUAAAAAUUCACGUUAUCUCGCUUAUUAGUUGGAUUAUAUUAAUCAUAAUAAUAAUAGAAGUGCAAUGCUCUCUUUUACAGGGCGAUCGUGGUGAGACUGGACCUCCUGGCCCCGCUGGUUUUGCUGGUCCUCCAGUAAGUAAUUUCAAAUUUGUCAAACAAAUAAUAAAAAAUACAGAAUCAAUGGUAGCAGCAACCUCUAGUUUCAGAUUAUUUAUCAAAGACAGAGUUUAUUAUAGAGGAAAAUCACAUUGAGAUGGUGAAAAAAUGGUAUUACAUAAAAUAAACAUAUAUCCAUCACAUCCAAUAAACAGAAAAAAGGGAAGGGGGAAGAAAAAGAGGAAUUGAAUGUGAGAAGGGGGAGGGUUGGAAAAUUGACCCCCUGUAAAUAAAGAAAUAUAAAUUCAAUAAGCAUGAUUUCCAGAAUAGCGUAACCAUGGAUUCCAGAUCUGAAGAAACAUGGAGAUAGAUUGGUAUAAUAAAGCUGUUAGCUUGCACAUUAGGAUAUGGUCCAUAAUUUCCAUUUUGACCACCUUUAGAAGAGACACAGAGUCCUGACGCCAUGCAGAGGUAACUGCUCUCAUAGCUUCCAAAGAAAUUCUAGUAUAGUGUAAUUUGGUUAAAUAGUCUAACAUUUGGCAGUAUUGUCCAGUAUAGACCUAUUGAAAUUUGUUUAUCUUGGAUUUACACAUUGGUCAUAGUGUCAUUUUAUACACUGCUCUAUUUAAUAAGGUUGUUGGCAAUGCCACAGCUUAUCAGUAAUGCCAACGACAUUUAGGAUAUUCUAUGAUUCCACUUAUUCCAUGUAGGAAUUUAUCAUUUAUGGUAGACCAGUAGUAUCAUGCUUUCUAUAAAUGUUAAAUGUAUUAUAUUUACAAUGAAAGAAGGUGAGGCAGUGUUAGUUUGUGGGAGAUUUAAAUUCAAUUUAAACUUAAAUUUUUGUUGCCUCCACUACCAAACGUCGUUCAUUAAAAUCCUUUGUAUUUGGUGUACACCAACUGGAAAGUGAUGAGUUAUUUUACCAUACUCUCUAAUUCUUCUCGGCAGCAUCAAGUCAGACUUUUAUCCUUUCAUUGUCAAUAAAAUAAGUAACAUCAAGUUGGUUAAUAAUAACAUCUAGACCCCAGACGAUAUAAUAACAGCACAAUUCUGGUUAAAUAAUUUAAUAUUACUAUAAAAAAAACAUGACUACAUUAAAACAUAUCUUCAAAAAUACUGUAUUAAAUAUAUAUACUGUUGGCCUGUUUUAUAAAUAUUUUAAGAAAUUGAUCCAUUUACUAUACUUUGGAGUGUUUAGAGAGUCCUUGAAACAUGAACAUAUUCACAUCUGAUCCAUUUAUCUGAUUGCAAUUAUGGAGUCAAGAAAUGUUUUGUUUUUUCCCCCUUUUGUGGCAUAAUUAGAAUGGCUACAGUUGUUUUUGUUGCCUUGUUUUGAAAUUACAGCAUAAAAGUACAGGCUUCAUGAAUAAACUUGAUAGGCUUUAGUCUUUUUUCAACUUAGACAAAUAUGUAACUAUGUAACAUGCAGAAGACAGGUGCUUUCUGUGCUGAUAAUGGUAGCCAUGCAUGAUAGUGCAUAAAUCAUCUCAUUUGUAUUUACAGGGUUCUGAUGGUCAGCCUGGUCUUAAGGGUGAUCAGGGUGAGUCUGGUCAGAAGGGUGAUGCUGGUGCUCCUGGUCCUCAAGGUCCAUCUGGUGCUCCUGGGCCACAGGUAGGUUAAACAUUUUAGCAAUGUGUAAACUUAAUACAAAGAUACACCAAAGUAGCCGUCAUCAGUGAUACUGUGCUUGCUGGAAUAGCAUGUACCAUGCAAUUAUACCUGGAGUACCCAAUAUAAAAUAUUAGAAUAUAUAUUUUUUAGUUUUAUUGUUUUAUAGUGGUAACUAGUAGAUACUACAAGGUUUUGCAAAUUCGAAGAACAUACUAUUAAAUAUUACGUCAUAAUAUAAUGAAAAGUUAAAAUAAUAUCAAGUAAUAUUUAUAAAUACAUAGAGCACUAGGAACAAUAAUUUUAUACUUGACCUUGAGAUAUGAGAAUUACUAGUUUUGAUGUUUGCAACUUGCCUUUCGUUUACAGGGUCCAACUGGUGUUAAUGGUCCUAAAGGAGCUCGUGGAGCCCAAGGUCCUGCUGUAAGUAGAACAUUAUUACCUUUUUGCACCACACUAUAUCCUACAAUUGAAAAAUUGCCAUGUUUCUCCCAGGAAUAAACUUGUUGCCUUGGAUUUCAUUAAAACUGUAUUACAAUGACAGUUUGUCAAUAUGAUGUUUGCCCAAUUUAUGUUCAAUUCCCAUAUCAACCCCAUCUUUAUAAAAACAUAUCUCUGAUAAAACAGAGCUUCCCAAAAUUGAAACCACAUCACAACUUCUACAAAUUGUACCCUCAUCUUCUAUUAUAGGGUGCUACUGGAUUCCCUGGUGCUGCUGGAAGAGUUGGUCCCCCUGGUCCUAAUGUAAGUGACCUCAUUUUAUUGAUCUUAAGACAUUAUUAUUAUUAUUAUUAUUAUUAUUAUAACUAACUUCUGUGGAUUAGUAAUUAGGUGUAAUGUGGGUGUAUGGUUUUCAUUUGGUUUAAUUGUGUUAUAACAUUUUGUAUUUAGUGUAUAGAUUUUAUAAUGUUAAUUUUAUAAAUAUACAUAUUUUACAGUUUACUACUACUAAUAGUAAGAAUAUUAAUAGUAUGCUUGUAGUAGGAGGGCACUUACUCAAAUCUCUGAAAAUAUAUGAAUGUAUAAUGCUGCAAAGAACUACAAUUUUGUUUUUUUAAGAGCUAUCAUUCUGCUUUUGACUUACCAUUGUGAACAUGGUAAUUUGACAUGCAGCUCUGUAAGAAUGAGAUUUUAUAAUGUUGGCUUAUAUUUAUUAAACAGGGUAACCCUGGAGCUCCUGGGCCUCCUGGAUCUGCUGGUAAGGAUGGACCCAAGGGUGCUCGUGGAGAUGGUGGCCCAUCUGGCCGUGCUGGUGACCCUGGUCUUCAAGGCCCUGCUGGUGCUCCUGGUGAAAAGGGAGAGCCUGGUGAAGAUGGUCCUCCUGUAAGUAUUACAGCAAAAAUGGUUUCAAUCGAUGUCAUUGAAAUCUGUUACAAUUUGGCAUAAUUAAUCUAUAUCUCAAUUUGGGAUGUUUAUUUUAUAAGGUUUAUCUAGAGAAUACAUGAUUUUCAGAUAUGACUGACUGCAUUUCACCUAGUAAAACCAUUUGGUCAAACCUGCAGUUAAAAUUGUAUUAAACGCAAAUGCUUAUUAUUACUGACUUUGCAUUUGACUUAUACAUGUAGCAUAGUUAUAUCAAAUACUCAAUCUCUAUCCUCUUCUAUAGGGUCCCGAUGGUCCCUCAGGUCCUCAAGGUUUGUCUGGACAGCGUGGUAUUGUAGGUCUGCCUGGUCAGCGUGGUGAGAGAGGUUUCCCUGGUCUUCCUGGUCCUUCUGUGAGUAUAUACUUCUAGGAAUUUAUAAUGUUGUAUUAUGUUAUUUGAAUUAAAGAAACUAGAAAUGAGAGAGCACAUUAUUGCUGUAGUUAAUUAAAAGUGGUAUGAUGAGGACCUAUAGAAAAAAUAUAGUUACCAAAUAUGUUUCUAUGUUUCUAUGUUUCUAUAUGCUUGGGCAUUUAAAAGAAUUAAAGGUCAAGUGCAGAUGUGGUGGUGCUCACUUCAAUAACCAUUAUAAAAAUCAGGGCAGAAGAGAUCCUUGCAAGUUUGCAUUUGCAAUGAUGCCAGUCUAAAAUUGCCUAAGAGUCAGGAAGAGCUUUCUUUCUCAUUUUUAGGAAAAACUGGAGCCAACAUUUUGUGUGGAUGAACAGAUAGAUACCUGAAACUUUUGAUUCAAUCAUUUAUAAGAUCACCCCUCUGUAACAAUAUUAAUCAUUUAUAUCAAAUUUUUGUAAAGCACUCCAGAUAGGAGCACAGUAUAAAAACUAUUACAUUGAAUAGUAAAUUUAGUAAAAAUUCGGUAUUCCUGAGUACGUAAACAUAAUCAGAUUUCUAUUGAGCAGCCUAUACAUAAUACAAUAGCCAUUAACCAUUACAAAAGGACAGCACUCAGGUUCCAAACAAAGUCCUCAUACACAUGAGGGGUGCUCCAGACUCAAGUGGUUCUGUCCAAACUUCCACAAUAUUCUUGAUAAAUAUAAAAGUAGUCCAGGCACCCAAAUCCAAAAUAAUAGCAGGCUUUAAUGUAACAUAGCAACACAUGACGAUGUUGGUCAUUGUGUCACUGAAACACUUUCACAUGUUUCUAUGUUCCAUUAAAGCUUGCUACUAUUUUGUAUUUGUGUGCCUGGAUGUCUCAUACUUAUUUAUAAUACUAUGACAUAUAUCUGACCUUGAACUUAUAGUUUUAUUUAUAACAAAUUGGGGGUGACAGCGUUGUCUGUAAGUAAAUGAUAGCAUAUGGAACUCGAUUAUAAUUAAACUAUUUACAUUGUACAGAACAACCAGUUCACAAGCUUGAGUGAUCUUGUGCAGGUCAGAUAGGAGGCUUUGGCCAGAGUUGACUAAAGAGGCUUUAUUGGUAGGUUUUUACAUAUCAGCAGGUUAACUUAUAGAAUUAAAUAAUAAGGAGAACAGAAGUGAGAGAAAUAAAUGUUAAGGCAAUAUGCCCUAUAGAGAUAAUAAACAGGUGUGCAAAUAAUAAGAAAGCUAGAGAUAACAGUAUAGGAAGAAUAAUAAGACAGGUAUAAAGAACAAUAAAGGUUUCAGGGUAGGAAAAUAACACCUUGUAAAUAAAAGUAAGCAGCAAUGUCCAGAUAGGGGUUAAGCAGGAUUGUUAUGGAGCAGGGUUGGUAGUAAACUAGGUUGGCAGGAUAAAGCAGUGUUGCAGGCAAUCAAGGUUGGUAUGAAGCAGGGUUGGUAUGGAGCAGGGUUGGUAUGGAGCAGGGUUGGCAGGAUAAAGCAGUGUUGCAGGCAAUCAAGGUUGGUAUGAAGCAGGGUUGUUAGUAAACCAGGUAAAUCACAGGUUGCUUCUCAGGAGCCAGGAUCUGAAGUCUUUUCAGUAAGAACAUCAACUUCAAUGUAAAGGCCACUUGGUUUGUCGGGUGUGGCCUUUUGUAGGAACUGUAAUUAGUCCUAAGCAGGUGAGGAAUGAGAUGAAUAGUGGCUAGGGAGGCCACUAGUGGUGGAGAACUGGAACUUUAUUUAAAGGAACAGAAAUAAACUAACAUAGAACAGUUGUCAGGAUAAGAGCCUGACAGUUUCUUUGGACUGGGAAAAAAUAACUGUUUUGUAAUAUUGUAUUUGUUAUUUUGUUUAAAGGGUAUAACAACUACACUUUAUGCAGCAUGCUCAGAUUUAAAAUUAGUUUAUUACCAUUUUCAAAUGUAGCAAACUAUUGAACUGAAAUUUGAACUGGCCACAGGUGCAUAUUUAAUUUAUGGUACACUGGACACUUGCCUGAAGUGUCAUAUUUUUUUUAGAAAUUACUAAAGGUUUUCCAAUUUCUAACAAAAUAUUGGUGUCCUCUAAGAGUUCAGAUUUAUAUUAAAGUAUAUAAGUAUCUAACUCCAUAGAUUAAAUAAAGAAACUAAAAAUGAAUCUCAUUGUAAUGUGUCUUUCAACCAUAGUAAUUUUAUUGUAACAUUAGAAUAAUGUAAAUUUAAAAAAUUAUCUAUUUUUACUUAUAUAAAACAUCCCCUAUAAUGCUCUACAAUAUCUCUCCCCUUGACCACUACUUCAGCCACACCCCUUUAAACAAACUUGUUUUCUAUUGGCCAUUUGAAAUAUUGGCAAUUAUAUUUUGCCAAUGCCUGUCUGAAAUGUCUUUCCAUAUUGGCUGUUUUCAAAAUACUGGAUAUACACAUUACCUUAAUAUUUUAGUAACAUGUUGUAUUUUCUCUUUGUCAACUUACUGUAGUAGUUAUUUUCCUAAUUUUAAAAAUAUAACUCUUUAGGGUGAGCCUGGCAAACAAGGAAGCCCUGGAUCUUCUGGAGACCGUGGACCCCCUGGCCCUGUUGGCCCACCUGGUUUGACUGGACCUUCUGGAGAACCUGGCCGUGAAGUAAGCAGAUAUGUUUAUAAUUUGUAAACAUUCCCCCAAAAUAUACUUUUUAUUUAUAUUGUUUCAACUUAAACAUAUAAUGUAAAGAUUGUGAUUUGAUGAAAAUAUAUACAAAUUAUUCUUCAAGAACCUUUCCUUUAUUAAAAGGUAUAUUAUAUAAAAUUUUACCUUUUAUCUCUAUUGAGAAAGAUCAUUAUAAUACGAUCUUCAAGUAUUGGAACGCAAUAUAGAAAAGUUAAUUAGUUUCUAGUAAUCCUUUCAGGGAACCAUACUGAUAAUUUACAGAAAAUUCAAAGUCCAGUCUUUAGGACUUAAGAAGCAGAGCAUAUUAUUAGGCUUUGAUAGAAUCAAGAGAGCUAUGCCUUUAUCAGUUGUUUCUGCUUGCAUUCAUAGUGUGCAAAUAUUAAGAUCUUUCAAUAUGUCGUAAGUCCAUCAUAUUAUCAGGACCUAGAAAACUAUGCAUUAUAUUUAAUAACCAUUACUAUUUGAGAUCCAGAAACUCCAGACUAUGACUCCUUCUAUAAGAAAAAAAAAUUUACGGGCUAUGUUUAAAUGUGAAUAUUGGUUAAUAUUGUUACCUAGUUUAGGCUCUUUUGUUUCACAUUAACACAAUUUGGGGAUCUAACUUCUUCCAAGUGACAAUUGUAUAGCAUUGGCUAUAGUAUAAUAGCGUUCACUGAGAAUGAACUUUGUAAAGCAACAUAAAAUUAUUAGUUGAGAGGAAGGUAUUUUACAAGAGAUUAUAUUUUGCAUUUCCAUUUAUGUUCACUAUCUGAAUUAAUUUAUUUAAUCUUCUCCUUUAGGGUAACCCUGGCUCUGAUGGUCCUCCUGGUCGUGAUGGUUCUACUGGUGCUAAGGUAAUUAGCAGACAUUAUUUACUAUAUGGCAUUAAUUUAAAUGUGACACUUCUUUAAGGCCAACUAUUAAAGGAGUGAUAGAUAUUUAUGUUGCACUUGUAAUAUAGUAAAAAAAAAACAAGUUUUCAAGGAAAAAGUUAACAUAUUGAAGCAGAUAUAUAGUGAUAUUUAUCAUUUUAAACCCUUAAAUACAACAAAAAAGAUAAAUCAUCAAACAUUUGAUCAAUAACCAAACCAAAAAUCCCACAUUCUUUCUUUGGAAAUGAAUUGAGAUACCAGGCAAGUAUUUGUGUUACAAAUAGAUAAUUGAACAUUGAUAUAACUUUAGUUGUAAAACUGUAACAAAGCUUUUUCUCUGAACUCCACAGGGUGACCGUGGUGAGACUGGCCCUCUUGGUGCUCCUGGUGCCCCAGGUUCCCCUGGCGCCCCUGGUCCUGUAGGCCCAACUGGAAAACAAGGAGACAGAGGAGAAUCUGUAAGUAUAUUUGUUUAAUUCUUUAUAUUUUAUGCAGUAUAAUUCACUAUGACAUUUCCCCAUCUAACUAUACCAUUAAUCUUUCACUCUAUUUAAACAUUUUAAAACAUAGAGACACGUAGAUUUUUAGUGAGAAUUUUAACUUUACAUUUCCUUUACUGUAACCCCAGGGCAUGUUAAGUUGUAUAGUUAUAUAUUUUAGAGAAAGUACUACUUUCUUGCACAUUGUAAUUGCUAUAUAAUGCAUGUGCAAUUUGUCAUUACUUAUACAUAAAUUGAAAUUCAAGGGCCAAUUAGGCCAGUGGUGUAAAGGCUAAUUUUAUGGUUUAGCUUAGAUGAUAGGUGUCCAUCUUCAACCUUGCAUUUGUGCUUGGACUCCCUUUAUUGACUCAUAGAGAAUUGGGAGACUAAAGCCCAACCACAUCAGCAAAAACUGUUGGAAACCCCUGCCUUACAUAUAUAUAUAUAAUACUGCUUCAUAUACAAACAUUAUUGCAUUAAAAAUACAUUUCCUGGUAAUGAAUAUUGCUUAUGUUCAUUUAACUUUGUAAGUUUAGUGUCUGUUCCCAGGUGCAAAUAUAACUAAGCUAAUAUAUUUUAUCUGGGAUAUUGUAGUUCAGUAAUUGCAAAACUGAUGUUAGAACAUAAGUUACAAUACGUCUUAAAGCUCUAAUAAUAACAUAAGCACCUGUAGGCAGUGGUUGCUUGCAUAGUUUAAAGAUGGCCAGGCACUAGACCCUGCCCCUGGAAUUUGACUCCACCAUCUGGCCUGUUGGGCUCUGACUACUCAACCUCUGAGAGGUCAUGUUCUGUUCAUUACAACAAUAAUCCAUAGUUAUACAUAUUUGGAAAACAGCAACUAUUUUAAACAGGACCAGCGGCAUCACUGCUGUUACCCAAAAAGCGCCCUGGGAAUAAGGAUUAUACACUGUUCAAAAUCUGACAGUCCAAUCAAUGCAAAACCAAGACUCAGCAUGUCUGACGGGCUCUAUAACAAGAGAAAGAGUCUUUCUAUAAUUUAGAAAUAACUAAAAUCUUGACAUGAUUAGUUGCUCAGCUUCUCUUUGGUGUCUCCAGUCAUCAUUAGCGCAAACAAACUGGUGAGGGCACUGCCUCACCCACCCUUAUGGACCAGUUUACACUGCCUGUAGGUGUCUAUCCUACUCAGUUUACAUUAGUAUUACUACAGAUAGAUCAGGUAAAAGCAUGGAGAUGUGAAUUAGCAAUGUAGUUAAUAUCCGUAUAGCUUCUUAUAUUUUUGAUGGUAGCUUUGUAAAUUUUGACACACUCUGCUGAGUUCUUUAGUACUAGCAGAAUGAUCUGAAUACUUAAUCAGUCUGAGUAACAUUGCUGCAAAUAAAUAAGGAGAUCUCUACUUCAGCAUUAAUGCAUUAUUAGUUACUCAUAAAGUACCAAUAGACUUCAUAAAUCCAGAUACAUUGAGAAAAGAGAGGAAUAACAACACAUAGCUCAAUAAAUAAAAUAAUGUUUUAUUUAAUGUUUGUUAAAUUAACUAACUGGACAUAUUUCUCUUUUAUAGGGUGCCCAAGGUCCUUUGGGUCCUUCUGGUCCUGCUGGUGCUCGUGGUCUACCCGUAAGUAUACCUUUUCUUCUUUUUUUAUUGUAUUGCACCCUUAUUGCACACACAUCAAACAACAUGACAGCCUACUUGUAUUUGUGGUUCUUUCAAUGUUAGUAAUAGGGAAACAUAUGUAUUCAAGUAAUAAUAACAACACAUGAACAAAUGCACCAUCCUGGAUGUUUUGUGACUGUCCUGUCUAUUAGUAGCCAUUACUAGCCCACAAAACAUUUUAGCUUUUAGUUAAGAUUUUAGGGUAUGUCAGGUAGGCAGUAUGUGAGAUAUAUCUCCAACCUCGGGGCAUGCUACUGUUUUCAAUAGAGUCACCUUCGUACAUUACGAUACAUUACAAGAUAAUAUGCUGACACCAAAAGACAAUAACAUGCUGCAUUCUAUAAUUCUAUAAAUACUCAUCAAUACACAUGCUUUUUAUUUAUUUUUCAAUUUUUACCAUGAAUGUGUACUGGGCUUAAGAUAAUUACUAUAGCCCUGAUUAAGAUGAAACAGAAGUAAUGAAACUACAUUCUUCAUCUUUUGUGGGGUAUUUCUUAAUAGUGAUCUAUAAUUCACAAAUUAAAAAUAAUACCCUUUAUUUUUACCAAAUUCAAAACACUUUUUAGAAUUACUUUAAAAUCUUACAUUCUUGUAGAAAUUAUGCUAACAUUGAUGUGCAUUAUAUAAAACUUUUAAUAUGUAUAACUGCUAAUUUUACUGCUGUCAUAGAAAAUACUCUAAUUAUGUCAUAUUCUUUCUUCCUGAUGUCACCUAUGUAGGGUCCCCAAGGUCCACGUGGUGAUAAGGGUGAAGCCGGUGAAGCUGGAGAGAGAGGACAAAAGGGUCAUAGAGGAUUCACUGGUCUUCAAGGUCUGCCCGGACCUCCUGUAAGUAGAAAUUAAAUUUUAACAAUUCCCAUUGUUUUACAAUGCUCCAUUCAUGUUUGAGUAAGAUUUGGGCAACUUUGGUAAUAGCAGCCCCCCUAGCGUCUCACACAAAUGCUCCACUUGGGUAAUUUUUCUGGAUGUUUUGUGACUGUCCUGUCUGUUAGUAGCCAUUACUAGCCCACAACAUUUUUUAGCUUUUAGUUAAGAUUUUAGGGGUAUGUCAGAUAGGCAGUAUGUGAGAUACAUCUCUAACCUUGGGGCAUGCUACUGUUUUCAAUAGAAUCACCCUUAUACAUUACAAUACAUUACAAGAUAAUAUGCUGACACCAAAAGACAAUAACAUGCUGCAUUAUUUAACAGAGUUUUGAUCAUUAUGAACACCCCCACCACUGAUGCUUACAUUUAAAAUAAAGAGACUUUUGGCAUGAGAAGCACUAGAACUACAGGUCUAGAAGCUUCAAUAAUUAUUAAAUAGCCAUUAAUAGUUAGCAGUUAACAGUUAUUAAUAGAUAUUAAGUUAUUUAAGUGAUGAAAAAUGUUGGCAAUAUCCAUUACAUUCCUUCCAGAAUAAAUUGAAUUAUUGAAUACAAUAUUACUGGAGGGGGAGAUUUAACAGAUAAAUGAAAUUUAAUAAUAAAUCAUAUAAAAUAAAUGUUACUCCUUCUUACAGGGUACCGCUGGUGAUCAAGGUGCAACUGGUCCUGCUGGUCCUUCUGGCCCUCGUGUAAGUACAAAAAUGAUAUUUUUUUAUAUGUUAUCACAUGAAUGUGAAUAUCUAGAUUAUAAUUGGUAUGCUUUAUGUAUUUGUAGGGUCCUCCUGGCCCUGUUGGUCCCUCUGGCAAAGAUGGUUCUAAUGGUAUACCUGGUCCAAUUGGUCCCCCUGGUCCCCGUGGUCGUAGUGGUGAAACUGGUCCUUCUGUAAGUAUAUUAUAUUUUGAAAGUUUUAGAUAUAAAUGAUAAACCAUCUAAUACAGACCAAUAUUAAGGCAGAUUAGAUCAUUCAGAAGCAAUUUGAAAAUAUGUACCUGUUAAAUCAGUGCCCAUCUAAUGUUUUAAUGCUUUUUACAAUAGGGUCCACCUGGUCAACCUGGUCCACCUGGUCCCCCUGGUCCUCCUGGCCCUGGCAUUGACAUGUCUGCAUUUGCUGGUCUAUCUCAACCUGAAAAGGGACCAGAUCCUAUGCGCUACAUGCGUGCUGACCAAGCCUCUACUUCUCUCCGCCAACAUGAUGUAGAGGUUGAUGCCACUUUGAAAUCAUUGAACAACCAGAUUGAGAGCAUUCGUAGCCCAGAUGGUACCAAGAAGAAUCCAGCUCGCACUUGCCGGGAUCUUAAACUGUGCCAUCCUGAAUGGAAGAGCGGUGUGUACUAAAUUAUAUUAACUUUAGAAUGAUAUGGGUACUCAAUUAGGAUUUUCUAAUAUUCAUCACUUUUCUUUCUUUGCUAUAUUUUUAUUGAGUGUCCAAUCUACUUUCACUACCUAACCACUUAUAAUUGUCUUUCAAUCUUACUAUGAAAUCAGGCAGUUAGAAUCUAUAUGGCUGUUUUGUCAAGCAGAGGCCAUUCCCAUGAAUCAUUUAAAAUUGCAAUGAUUGAAACAUUAACUACAAUUUUGGUUUUCUCACUUAGGUGACUAUUGGAUUGAUCCAAACCAGGGAUGCACCGUUGAUGCUAUCAAAGUCUUCUGUAACAUGGAAAGUGGAGAGACAUGUGUAUAUCCCAAUCCAUCUAAGAUUCCCAAGAAGAAUUGGUGGACAAGCAAGAGCAAGGACAAGAAACACAUCUGGUUUGGAGAGACAAUCAAUGGUGGAUUCCAAGUAAGUAACCUAAUUUAAAAUGAUGAUACCGAUAUGCUAUAUUUUGUACAUGAAUGUUUCCAAGACACAUUUUGAAAAGUAAACAUCUAUAAUGGAAAUUAUCAGUAAAGACAUUUAUUGAAUAUCUAAUUCAGGGCUUAAAAGUAAAAGUUCUACGCUACUAGACUGGCUUUAGAAAAGUUACUAGCUACUGUAAGCCUCGAGAGUACAUGGCAUAGGAGUGAAUUUCUACUCGCUAGGUUUAAAUUUUCACUAGACUCGCCAAGGGCUAGUAGUGAGUGGAAAUUUUUAGUCCUGAUCUAGUCUUAAGUAAAUAAUAAUUCUACUUUGUAUGAAACUGUAAUUUUCUGUUAGUCAACAACAUCUUUUUCUCUGCCUUUUAGUUUAGCUAUGGUGAUGACAGCUCAGCUCCUAACACUGCUAGCAUCCAGAUGACAUUCCUGCGUCUGCUGUCCACUGAUGCAUCCCAGAACAUCACUUACCACUGCAAGAACAGCAUUGCUUUCAUGGAUGAGGCUUCAGGCAACUUGAAGAAAGCUAUUCUGCUCCAGGGAACCAAUGAUGUUGAAAUCAGAGCUGAAGGCAAUAGCAGAUUUACAUACAAUGCCUUGGAAGAUGGAUGCAAGGUAUAUUAUUGUUUAGUAUAUUGGUACACAUGGAGAACGCACCCUUGGACUUUAAGCUAUUUUGGACUUCAAAUUCCAGAGUACUCUGCCACACAAAGUUCAAGGGAAAUGUAGUUCAAGAAAAAGUCAAAAGGCAACUGUUGAACACUGCUAGUCUUAAAUACUUUCUCAGUGUUAACAUUACAUUUGUAGUGCUUUUUAAAAUAUAUAGAUUUACAUUGCAAUUUAUAUAAGAUUUACAUAUGCAAACAUUAAGUUAACUUUGAAAUUAUAUGGAUGUAAAAAUCAUACAGGGUUUUAAGGAAUCAGGAGUCAUCCAUGUAAAUUAUUAUUUAUAAUUUAAUCAUUGAAAUAUGUAUGGACUUUUUUUUACUUAAAACAACUAUCUAAACUAAUGAUUGCAUCUCAUUUGUUUUAUUUUAGAAACACACUGGCAAAUGGGGCAAGACAGUUAUUGAAUACAGGACACAGAAAACCUCUCGCCUGCCAAUCGUGGACAUUGCACCUAUGGACAUUGGUGGAGCUGAUCAGGAAUUUGGCGUUGACAUUGGCCCAGUUUGCUUCUUGUAAAAAACAAAAAAAAUUUCAAAUAAAAUUAAAUAAAAACCCUAAGGACCUGAGUACUUUCCAAUCACUUUUAGGACUUCUGCACUGAAUGGCUGAACCGACCCCAAAUUUCCAUUCAUCCACAUGCUUACAUUUUGGACUUUUUAUUUUGUAUUACAAGGCCAGAACUGGGCAGACUGCGAAAUAAAAUCAUGGUAUUAUUUAUUUAUUGUCUUCCUGUAAGACCUAUGGGUCCGGUGAAGGUGUGAAACUAACUGGCAUGUUUGAAGGCCCCCUAACUGAUGUACGAAGUGCAGUUUAAAGCAUCCCUCCUCCCCCCCACAGUGUAUAUCAUCAGGGUUACAGUGUGUAAUUGAAUGAAAUGGUGCUAUUGUUGUAAAUCAAGUUUGUAUUUUAUAACAUCAACUGAUAUAAAAAAACAUAUUUUGGAAAGUACGAGUUGAUCUGGGCUUUGUUCUUUUACAUUUUUUAUUUUAUUAUACUGUAGAUAGAAGGGUUUUUGAAAAGUUCCAAUGUUUCAGUUCGCCUGCCCCCCCCCCUUUUUUUUUUUUUAUUAUUUUUCUUUUCUUCCAAUAUGAGAUGAUGGAAGUUUAGGGCAAAAUCUAAAACUUCCCAGGUUUAAGCUACCUCACACUAACAAACUAGAACAACACACAAAAAAUAUUGAAGCUGAUUUAAACACACAUUAGGAAUUAACUGAAACAGUUACUGAUGGAGAGAUUGUGGGUUACGAUCUCAUGUAUAGGUGUAUAUUAUGCUUCAAAGGGGUUUAUUUGCAAAAAAAAUUUUUAGAAAAAAAUGAAUUUUAAAAUUUAGGUCAAUGUAGAGGAGUACGAAUUUAGUUGAGUUGGAGAAUCUUUCCUAUUUUGACCUAUCUUUUUCUAAUUCAGGAAACCCCUCAGGAAAAACAUAAUAACUUAAUAAUGAGGACUACAACGAUGAAUGAAUAGAUGAUGGCAACUUAAAUGUUGCUAUAUCAAGUGACACAGCGUGGACAAUGCCAAAGUAUAGCAGCUAGAGUCUCGGUAAAAUCAGUAUUGUAGUAGGCAAGUGGAUGAUGUAUACAAAUCAGGUCAAAGCCAUUCAAAAUAAGUUCUUUUCCCAAAUUAUAUUUUGAAGUAUCCAUUUCCAAACCUUAUAUUGAAAUAUCUCUGACCUUUACUUCAUGAAGUUUCAAGAAACAAACAGGUAGGCAUUUUGGCCAGAAGGAGUGGGGUUGAGGGGGGAGGGAAGGGGCAUGCAAAAAAAUACCCCAAAAUCCACAAUCGGAUAAGAACUAAGAAUAUGUACUAUUUUGUAUAUGUAAAAUAGAUUUUUUUUUUAAUUAUUAUUUUGCAAUACUGAUCUUCAGCAUGGUAGGCUAGUAAAUAUGCCCAACACGAACACUAAUCUUUCUUGUGAAAUAAUUGUCUUACUGUAUCUUUUUUUCUCAUUUUCCAAUCACUUCUACUUUUCUGCAAUAAAGAUAGAAAGCUUUUUCUAUAAAAAAAUAAAACACGUUUUGUUUGAUUUUUUAUGUGUAUUAAAUUUCAUCCUACGAUGUAAUCUUUGUUGAAUGAUGUUAAUCUUAUCUGGGAUAUUUCAUGAGAAAACGAAACAACACAAAUAAAAGUUUUAAUUAAAAAAAAUAAAUAACCCUAAGGCUUUUUAUUUUCAUUGAUCCUCAGUGUGGAGAAAAAAAA